AGCAGGGCAAGGGAGACAGCUGUGCUCAGCCAGGGCCAUGCGGUUGCUCAUGCUGGGGGCUCUGCGAGCCCACACCGGGAACGGCACCACCGCGAGGAGGAUCCAGUAAGUGCUCCCCGCGCCUCGGGGAGGGGCUCGAGGCACCGGAGCUCCCGCAAUAACGGGCAGGCAAGAGUUCGUUAGGUGAAUUAGGCUUGCCGCAUAGAUUUAUGUCAUAUUUGAGGGUUGCAACAUUUACAAUAAACAAAUUUUCCGGCAAACUCGCAGGGUCGUUUGCAGGCAGAGAUCCGUCAGGUGAAGCUGUUGGCCUUUGCAUCUCCACACAGACAACCCCACACUGAGUGGAAGUCUUCAACCUCAGAUAUGCAGAUGACACAACAUUGAUGGCAGAAAGUGAGGAGGAAUUAAAGAACCUUUUAAUGAGGGUGAAAGAGGAGAGUGCAAAAUAUGGUUUGAAACUCAACAUCAAAAAACCCGAAGAUCAUAGUUAAAGCUAAAGUGAUGUAUGGAAGUGAGAGCUGGACCAUAAAGAAGGCUGAUCGCUGAAAAUUGAUGCUUUUGAAUUAUGGUGCUGGAGGAGACUCUUGAGAGUCCCAUGGACUGCAAGAAGAUCAAACCUCUCCAUUCUUAAGGAAAUCAGCCCUGAGUGCUCACUGGAAGGACAGAUCGUGAAGCUGAGGCUCCAAGACUUUGGCCACCUCAUGAGAAGAGAAGACUCCUGGAAAAGACCCUGAUGUUGGGAAAGAUGGAGGGCACAAGGAGAAGGGGAUGACAGAGGAGGACAAGAUGGUUGGACAGUGUUCUCGAAGCUACAAACAUGAGUCUGACCAAACUGCGGGAGGCAGUGGAAGACAGAAGUGCCUGGCGUGCUCUGGUCCAUGGGGUCACGAAGAGUCGGACACGACUAAACGACUAAACAACAACAAAAGUAGAGGCAAGCUGAAGUCACAACUAAAGCAUUCAUGACAGGUGACCAUCCAGCCUCUGCUUAAAAACCUCCAAGGAAGGAGAGUCCACCACCUCUCGUGGGAGCCUGUUCCACCAUCAAACACCUCUUACUGUCAGAAAGACAAUGUAGAUUUUUGCAUCCUUUUAUGUUACACAUAUGCUGUUUGCUUCUCUGCAUCUACACACACACACAUUGAGUUUCAGUCUGUAACAUUUUACAGUUUUGUGAUCAAGUAGCAGCUGAUGUAUGGAGUAUGUGUGUGUGUGUGUAUAUGUGUAUUUGUGUGUAUUGUAUUGUAUGCACACCAGACAUUUAAAGCACACAAAUUCCCCUAUAGUUUGCCAUUCAUAGAGCUACUAUUCUAAGCACCCUUAGCAAGCUGUAGUUUCUAGUGCAGUAGUUCCAAGAGACUUACCCAUCCACUAUACCACACUGGUAUAAACGGCGUUUCCAUGCGCUGCUCUGGUUCGCCAGAAGCAGCUUAGUCAUGCUGGCCACAUGCUGACUCAGAAGCUGUCUAUGGACAAACGCCAUCUCCCUCGGCCUAUAGAGCGAGAUGAGUGUCGCAACUCCAGAGUCGUCCGCAACUGGACCUAACGGUCAGGGGUACCUUUACCUUUAUACCACACUGGAUUCCACCCAAAGUUACUGAGAUGCAGCACCUUGUCUGUGCUGUUUGGCACUGUGGAAAGUUUCUAGCAGAUAUGUAAUGUUAAACUCCGAUCUUAUUCCAUUUUCUUCUUUGCUUGUAGGGAUCACCUUGAAGCUGCUGGUCACUCAUGUACCCUCGUGGAUAUCUCUUCCUGCAAAUCCCCGUUGGCAGUUUCAAAUCUCAUUCCCUCCGAGAACUUUGAGGCAGCUCUGGGCAUUCAUCUUUAUAAAGCAGGCAGACUUCUGCAAGGUACUGUGGUUUCUGAUUUUGUGUGCAUUUUGGGUGAUACUGCCAUGGUUUUCCCAUUUGGGAAAAAGCAAAAUCUUCCUACAACCUUUUGCAUAUUUGUACCUGGUAGAAAUUGUCUCCUAGAAAUUGUCUUGUGGCCUCCAAAUGUUCUUGCAUGACAGACCCCAUCAAUCCGGCUAGCCUUGUUUGUCAUCAAUGUUUGGAUACCGACUGCCAUUUUGAAUCAAGAUGGUGGAUCAAAACAUUGCUUUGGGGUGACUGCCCAUUUGGAGACAUAGUUUCAGCUACAGAUAUAGCCACCAAAGUUGGCAUGAGAGUUCCCAAGAUGGGGAAAGCAAACUUCACUAUGGUGGCGGACACCAUUUUGAAUCAAGAGGGUGGGCCAAAACAUGACUUUGGCACGACAGCUCGGCCACCUCAGUAUGUUGUUGCCAAACUCAACAUGAGAUUUCUUGAGGUAGAGGUGGCAGUCUUUGUUGACAUUUGGACACCGGGAGCCAUUUUGAAUCAAGAUGUGACUUUGGCGUGACAUCUCCUGAUAUUUGGUGUAACAGGUCCAAACUCACAGAUCAGUCUAUGCAUUUUAAAAUUGCAGUGUUUUAUGGUUUCCACUAAUUCCUUGGUAGUGCCAGGUGCUACCCAUUAGUAGAGUUAUGAAGUGUGAGGAUGAACUGUGACGUCUCUAUGGCAUUGCAGCUAGUGUUGGACUAGGGCAUGGGAGACCAGGGUUCGAAUCCUCACUUGGCCUUGAAGCUCCACUGGGCGACCUCAGGGGCCAUUCACAUUCUCUCAGCCUGAUCUCCCUCGCAGGAUUCUUGUAAGAAUAAAAUAGAGAGGGUUGAAGAGUGUGUGCCAUCUUGAGCUCCUUUGAGAAAAGGUGGGAUAUAUAAAUAUAAUAAAUAAACAAACUUUGCGAUAUAGGAUGCCUCCUACUGGGUGGGAAAACCAUACAAUAAUUGGGCAAGCCUGGGUCAGCUAGAGCAUACAUCACAUGUCCUCCUUCUGAUUUAUUUUUAACAAGCGUUUAUCCAGAAUUUAAAAGCAGCCGUGUUACUAAUUAGUGACCAUCCCAUUGCUAUUUGUUAGCUUAAUGAGGUGUAAAACUGCCACUUAAUUGUAUUUGUUUCCCCACCUUCCAGAGCUUAAAAGAAUGUAAAGCUUAUUGCUUUGCCAUCCUUGCAAGAAAAGUGUGUUGGUUGCUGGGGCUCAUUCUGCUUUAAUUGGCAGCAGGUGUGGCAGAGGGACCAGAUCUGAGGAGAUGCAGGAGCUUUUGGGUUUUGGAUGGAGAGAGUAGGGAUCUCUCAGCAGCUAGAGAACUUUACUUGACUCUGGCUGCAAUCCCACACACGCUUACUAAGGAGCAAGCCCUGUUGAAACUGAUAGGACUUAUUUCUGAUUUGCACAUGGAGAGUUGCACUGUAAGAUAUGGAACCACAAAAUGUACUUUCCGCUCUGACUUUAGCUCAUUGGUUGAUUGGCAGACAGUGCUGAGUGCUGGCUUCUGUCAGGGCAAACGGCAUUCUAAUUGCUGGUUCUAAAUGUGUUUUGAUUAUGAUAUUCAUUUAUUUGCUGCCCAUCUGACCGGGUUACCCUAGCCACUCUGGGCAACUUCCAACAAAUUAAAACACAGUAAGACAUCAAACAUUAAAAACUUCCCUAUAGUGAUGAAUUUUAAGUAUUGUUUUAAACUUUUUGUUUUUAUGACUUUGUUUUUAAGAGUUACACUUUUGAACAUAGUGAGCCACCUUGAAUCCCUUCUAGGGAGAAAGGUGGGAUAUAAAUAUAUUGAACAACAACAACAGGAGUAAUCAGGCUGGCUCAUUUCAUAGAAAUCUCUUAGAAAGGUAUCUGCACAUUUUGUUUCGUUACUUUCUAAGAGGGCUAGAGACCCCCCCUUUUUUUAAAGUGAAAUCUCAGCAUCUGGGGGACACCCAACGAAGGCCUUUCUGGGUGUCGUGGCACCCGUGGCUGCUGGGUUGGCAAGCCAUGGGGCGCUUUUCACAUGGUUGCCAAAACCUACCUGCCAUAAAAGAGAUAUUGGAAGGACACAUGCCAAACACAGGAUUAUUAUUAUUAUUAUUAUUUUGAAAAAAGGAAUCUUUUCUUCAUUAUCGGAAUGUAAAAUUCUGAUAGGGUGCCCAGACUUGUAACAUGUAUAAUUUGACAUUGGGCUUAAAAUAUAAUUUAACCAUUAGGCGGCCAUUGCAAAGGCAGUGUAGGAAGACAAGAAGAAGAAGACUCAAUUAAAUUUAAUCAAAUUAACCCUUGCACCUCUGGCUUUUUGCAGGCAACGGGAUUCCUUUUGGAAUCAUCUUUGGUGGAACCGACAUCAAUGAAGAUGCCAAGUGUGAAGAAAAGGCCAAAGUGAUGGGGAGAGUGUUGGAGGAAGCCAGGUAGAGGAAAGAGCCAGAUUCUUAGGCAAAAGAGGAUCCUUCUUUGCCCUUCUCCCCAUCUCGGAUAUCUUAUCCAUAUUUCUUGAUUAUGAGGAGGAUGUUGUUUACAUAGUGUCUUCCCUCCCUCAGCCUAAAUUUACCGCCUUAAUUUUUGCGCUGGCAGCAGCAGAGCAAAGUGAGAGGGAAAUAGAGGGAUGAAAUGAUAGUUUAAAAUGGAUAAAAGGGACCCCUAACCAUUAGGUCCAGUUGCGGACAACUCUGGGGUUGAGGCGCUCAUCUCGCUUUACUGGCCGAGGGAGCCGGCGUUUGUCCUCAGACAGCUUCCGGGUCAUGUGGCCAGCAUGACUAAGCCACUUCUGGUGAACCAGAGCAGCGCACGGAAACUCUGUUUACCUUCCCACUGGAGUAAAAUACUCAAUACAAACAGCUCUCUGUAUGAGCACCUUGUGACAAACCAUCACCCGAUCUGGUUUAAUUAAUAUUUAAGCCAAGGGGGAUUUGAGGUUUGCUUAACCCAAAUCUGUCCACUGCUUUCCAGCUGAAGAAACUGCGGAAUUUGAGUGAUGCCGCUCCUUAAACCGUCAUGUGAUAGGUUGUUCAAAGAUACAUUUUUUUUUGAAGGCAAGGUUUUCUGAAUUUUGGCUUCGUGUUGCUAAACUUAGCCGAUUACCACAGAGUACCCCGAGUUUGCUGAUGAAACAAUGUUUGUGCUGCCAUUUGGUAGCACAUACCUUUGCAAGACUGCUGUGAGGACAAAAUGCUGUAGCAGCCUAUGUAUCUGCAAUGAUCUUGAGAGUAUGUCUGACAACCGUCUAACCCCCGCGUUGACCUACUUGUUGGCAAAAUGUGUACUGAAUUUUGGAAGAUUUAGGACGGGUAAAAGGAAGUCCUUCUUCAUGGGGCACAUGGCUAAACUCUGGAACUGGCUCCCCCAGGAAGAGGUGGUGACCAUCAACUUGAAUGGCUUUAAAAGAGGAUUAGACAUAUUCAUAGACAUAUUCAUUGAUGGCUACUACUUCAUGAUGGAUGGGACAUGGGUGGCGCUGUGGGUUAAACCACAGAGCCUAGGACUUGCCGAUCAGAAGGUCGGCGGUUUGAAUCCCCGCGAUGGGGUGAGCUCCCGUUGCUCGGUCCCAGUUCCUGCCAACCUAGCAGUUCGAAAGCACAUCCAAGUGCAAGUAGAUAAAUAGGUACCGCUCCGGCGGGAAGGUAAACGGCGUUUCUGUGCGCUGAUCUGGUUCGCCAGAAGCGGCUUAGUCAUGCUGGCCACAUGACCCGGAAGCUGUACGCCGGCUCCCUUAGCCAAUAAAGCGAGAUGUGCGCCGCAACCCGAGAGUCAGACACGACUGGACCUAACGGUCAGGGAUCUGUUUACCUUUACCAGGCAAAGGUAAAAUUUGCAUUAAUUGCCGCCUUUCCCCUCUUGCACUGCCCCCUACCAGGAUGGGGGCCCCAGAAGGUUGCACAGAAGGGCAUGCAGCCCGCCGGCUAAAAUAAGGUUCCCCACCCCAAUCUCUGAGGGAUGGCCUAGGGCUUGCCGAUCAGAAGGUGCACCGCAACCCCAGAGUCGGUUACGACUGGACCUAAUAGUCAGGGGUCCCUUUACCUUUACCUUUACUUCAUGAUGGAUACGUUGUACCUCCCCAGUUGGAGACAGCAAUGCUUCUAAAAUAACCAUUGCUGGAAGCCACAGGAGGAGAGAGUGUUCAUGCGCUUGAAUCCUGCUUGCUGAUUUCCCACAGUCAUCCAGUUGGCCACUGUGAGACCAGGAAACUAGAUGAGCCACUGGUCUGAUCCAGCAGGAUCCUCUUAUGUAUUCUCCCAUCCCAGUGAUACUUCCCCAAAUGGGUUUCUUUCAUGAACGUUAACUGUUAAAAAUAUUCAUAAUUCGUUAUAGCUUAACGCUGCUAGUAUAACUGUAUGUUUUUGGAAUAAAUUUUUAUAGCUUAUGAAGCAAUAUCCCACAAUCCCAUGAUUGGUGUUCUUAAAUUCCCAUUAAAAAAAAAAAGGUGGAUAAUGUUGCAAGAACUGUAGAUAUUUCAACAAAUUCCACAUUAAUGGAGGUGUUAAGUAAAUUUAUGUGUGGGUGCCUCGAGUAAUGGUUAUAAAACAGGCAAAUGCAGUAAAAAAAACCUAUGAAACCAAUGGCUGCUGAAGACCUAAAGUCCAGAAAUUGUGUGACAAUAAAUUGAUGGUUCGCCAUACCUAGUAAAUUUGGACUUCUGGGCCACUGUACUGAAAAGGUUGGGAACCACAGCUAGAGGAGAGCAGAGCUCUGAAGUUGCUUCAGCAGCCACCAGACUGAGUCCUAUUUCCAUAGCUGUCAACCGUCCCUUAUUUGGCAGGAAAGUCCCUUAUCACAGCGCUGUGUCCCGGUGCUGUCCCUUAUUGAUGAUGUCCCUUAAAUUUCCCGGGUUUCAAAGGAAGCAGCUCCUCUCCCUCCCUGCCUGCCAGCCAGGGAGGAGGGAAGCUCCAACUGUGUUGCUUGGCUGCGUUGCUCACCCAAUAAGGAGUCUAAGAACGACUGGGGGGGUGGAGCUUGCAUGCCUUGUGCCGAUCAAAUCAGCUGCGUUGCCUGGGGACUCGCCUUUGCUCAGCGCUUCCCAGCGGAGAGGUGACGGUGGUUUUCCUUGCUGCAUCCCCUUUGCCGGGUUGCUGCGCUGUGGGAACCACCGCUUGAGGCUUCGUUUGGCUGCUGGCUGGGCUUUCUGCCUUUGGCUCGGAGGGGCUCAGAAGUUGAACAUACCUGUGCUGGAAAAUCCCUUAUUUUGGCUGCUGAUCCCUUAUUUUCAAGGCUGCUGGUCCCUUAUUUUCAUAUCUGUAAGUUGACAGCUUUGCCUAUUUCUACACAGACUGGCAGCAACUCUCUAUGCUUUCAUGACAUGUGUCUGUCUGGAAAUACUGGGGACCUUCUGCACGUAGAGCAUAUGUUCUACCAGUGAGACAUGGCCCUUUCCUUUCCAGUAACUGAGUGUGGGGUGCCAGUACAAACUGACUGGCGGAACUGUGUGAUUUACCUGCUACAUAUUCCGCCAGAUUCUGUAAGGGUGGGGAGGUGGGAGUGGAAGCCCAUUCAGCUUCACAAAAGAGCUUGCCAUUGUUCCGUUUUAUUUUAUUUUAAUCAAACUCUUCUUAAAUGUUGGUGAUUCUCCCUGAGGGCAUAUUUUUUAAUUUGGCAGUCUUAUCACUGGACAGGCCAUGAGCCACAGUUUCCCUCCCACUCAAGAACGUGAUAGAUGGGAAAUACAAUUCGCACUGAAAAGAAAUUGGAGGAAGGUGUUUGAGCGAAAGUCCUUGUCUUUGGCUAGGUUUUUGAUCAUCUUUAAAGCUGUUGGGUUUUAGCAUAGGCUGUCUAGUGUGACAAUUAACCUCCUGAGAAAAGCCUGAGGCCAAACAGCCUCUGCUUAUUUCAGAACAAUAGGCAAACCUUAUAAGAUCAGAGGAAGAAGCUGCCUUGUACUGAAUUUGCCCAUUAUGCUCAGUAUUGCCUGCACGGACUGGCAGGGUUUCCAGCAGGAAAUCUUUCCCAGCCCCAGCAGCAGAUGCCAUUGGGAAAUGAACCUGGGACUUCCUGCAUGCAAGACAGGUGUUUUGCCCCUGAGCUACGGCCCUUGCGCAAAGCGCAAUCAAAAUAAAAACAGAAGGGUCAAAGCAGAAUGCCAGCAGAAGGUAAAGAACAUAUGAAAGAACGAGAAAGGCAAAAAAGAAGUCUGUAUACAAGUAUGAGUGUCUAAAACAGAGCUUUCCAAACUUUUCAUGUUGGUGACACACUUUUUAGAUAUGCAUCAUUUUGCGUCACAGUAAUUCAGUUUUACUAGCAAGCCGGAGGUUAAACUAACCCCUUUCCAGCCCUGGGAGGAGCGUGGGAAGCGUUCGCGCAACACAACUACACACUGCAGCCGACACACUAACGGGUCACGACAAACAGUUUGGACAGCUCUGGUCUAAAACAUUGGGUCCUGAUUUGACCUCCCUUUGUUCUCAAUACCUCUAGGUUUGCAGUGUCCUUCACAGAGUCAAUGAAGGAAGCAGCUGCAGUGUAUUGGGUACGUAAUUAUGGUGUUUUCAGUCGUAUCUGCAGAGCGUUGCCCUAAAAUGUGGGUUUGUGGGGACUCUGUGGCCCUCAGCUGUUGCUGGACUACAACUCCCAUCAUCCUUGGGCGUUGGCCACCUGGCCAGAUGGAUGGGUGGCUCCUGGUGGAGAAAAUGGUUGCUGCUGGUUGCUGGAAGCAGAGCAAUACCACGAAGACCACAGGUCCAUCUAGAGUUGUCUUGUGGACUUGGAAUCGUAGAAAUGGAGAGUUGGAAGGGAGCCCCAGAGCCAUCUAGAGCAAACCAGGGCGAUCAUGUCUGAGGCUCUUGGCUCUUCAGGCACACAAUGUCAAACUGAGGUUUAGGGUUGCCUGUUGACUGGUCUACUGGCUUUUGUAUGCAGUGGCUAUAAAACACGUCUGACAUAAAGAGGGAUUUGGUUUAGAGAGCCCUAGAGAAGGCAGAUUUCCUUUCCAUAUAAAUACAGUAUUUGAUAGCAAUCACAGACAGGGCUUUAAUUUAUUUUGAUACAGUCGAAAAACCCUACUCCAGAUAAGUACACUCUUCCUCUAUGAUUCUCUGCCUUCAACACAAAUUACGCCUCCUUUUGUUGGCAACCGUCCUCUACCCAUCAAACUGCAACCUUCAUUAUUUCUUCUUGUUUAAUUCCCCACCUCCCACUCCUUCCAAGAGGAUACACACACACACACACCCAUCUUUCUCUGUGCAACAGACACUUGCUAGUGGAUGCUAUGAAACGUUGCUGGUAUGUUAGCGUUUAUUUUUUAAGGGCUGCUUUUGAGCUAAGCUGGUAACUGUGUCAAAUUACAAAAUUGGCUGAUGGAGACCAUAAAUAGCAAGUAAAGUUCUUUUUCAAGCUUCCCGUUCUCCCAAUGCUCCUGAGCUUGCUCUGGCGCUCCUUUCUAGAAGGAGCCAAACCCAUUUGAAAUUCUCUUCUUUGGGAUGCACUUACAGGGGGUCAACAAACCUUUCUGACCUGUGUGCAAACCAGAGGAGCCGUCUUGGUUGCUGCACACACAUACACAACACAACCAAUCAGCCAUUUCAACUUAAUUUGUUGGCCGCAGCAGAAUGCUUCUUUCAAGACUCAUUUUAGCCCGGGGGGGGGCACACCCUCUGGGUGGAGGGAAGGCCUCUGUGGGGCACAUUCCGUGGGCACCAGGUUGGUGACCCCUGCAAAGUUUUCACUGUCAACAUUCUGAAGCCAGUGGUGAGCUACAUUUUUGGAGGUCCGGUUGGCUUAUUCUUUAUAUUUUAUCUGAAUAUUUUAUACCUCAUCUUUAAGGGUAAAACCCUCACAAUUUUUUAACUUUAAAAACAAAAGAUCUAUAGAGCCUUUCAAGAGUAAAAUCCUCCCCUAGGCCGUUCACAUAUUGUAUCAAUGUGCAACCGUAAAAUACGAAAAAUAUCGCCAAUGAAAAUGAUCUCUUGUUUUGGUAGAACAUAGUCCCACAUUAUUAAAAGUAGCCACCAGAUGUUUAGGGGAUGGAUGGGGAAAAUAUUAGAAAAAUAGCAAAAGUCCUUUGGAACAACCACCACCACAGCCUCAGGGCCACUCUGGAAAAGACCCUGCUCCUAACAAUAUCUGAUGUCGUCACAUUGACAAUUGAAAAAUGCUCUGAGCAGGAAGCCAGCAUCUCCAUUGCAGAGGGAGGUAAAGAAAGCAACCAUUUUAAAGUGCUGAAUCUUAAUCUCCUUCUGCAGGUGUUUUAGGGAAAGUGGUUUCUGAAACACAACCAUUUCGUGUGUGUGUGUGUGUAUGUAUAUGUGUUCUGUAAAUAUUUUCUCACCUUUGCUUCGCUCAGUUAAACUAACUUGCUUUCCCUUCAUGCCUCUGUUUUUAAGCCUCGUGCCAGGAACAAAAUAUAUGUUCAAGCUCAAGGUAAGUGUUAUAAGUUUCCUAUUUCUGCAGAGAAAAACUAAAUCAUGGGUGGGGCUUAAGAAUCAUGGCCAUCUUCUUCUUCUUAGUUAUGUAUAUAUUAUUUAUGAUUUUCAGGUUUAUACAUUUCUAUAAUUUUAACAUUUCAAAACUUGACUUCCUUCCCCCUCUUUCUGCGGUUCCUUAAAAUUAUUUUUAAUAUUUUCUGCAUAUCCAAAUUAACUUAAUUUGAUCAUUUAUUCAUCUACUUUAAAUAUAUACUCUAAUGAAACUGCAGGCUAUUACAAUAAUCCUGCCAGUGUCCUUAUCUGUUUACAGUUUGUUUGUAAAUAUUCAAUAAACCAUUUCCAUUCUUUUAUAAAAAGUUUGUUAUCUUGAUUUCUUAUUUUUGUGGUAAGUUUCACCAUUUCUGCAUAUUCCAUAAGUUUUUGUAUCCAUUCUUCUUUCGCUGGGACUUCUUCCCAUUUUUGGGCAAGUAACAUUCUUGCUGCUGUAGUCGCAUACAUAAAUAAAUUUCUGUAUAGUUUGGGUAGCUCUGUCCGUAUAAUUCCCAAAAGGAAAGCUUCUGGGUUGUUUUUCCCCCAUAAUGUUAUUUUAAACAUCUUUUUCAAUUGCCUAUAUAUCAUUUCCCAGUAAGCUUUAACCUUGCUACAUGACCACCACAUAUGAUAAAAAGAACCUUCUUUCUCUUUACAUUUCCAACACUUAUACCAUCGAGAUAUCAUUUUCAUAUAAUUUUCUGUUAGACCAUAAUAUGCUGUAAAUUUUAUAUCCGUAUUCCAUAUUGUGGAAUCAUGGCCAUCUUCACACCCCCUUGAGUGUUUUUGCCUGGGUGAGAUGUGUCCUUGAACUCUUAUUGUGCCUUUUGCUUGCUUGGAUAGAGGCUAGAGAGGAUUGUGUGGAUGCCUGUACAGUAGAACCUCUACUUACGGACAUAAUCCGUUCCGGAGGUCCAUCCGCUGGUCAAAACGGUACACUAGAAGAGGCGUUUUGUGUGCGUGCGCAUUCGGCGGUAUCAUGCUUCUGCGCAUGUGCAAAUGGCGGCAGCCGCUUCUGCGCGCACACAGAUGGCAGAAGCCGCUUCUGCGCAUGCGCGAUCACGGCAAACCCGGUGUUUACUUCCGUGUUUGCAACUUGGAACGUCCGCGAGAUGAGAUGAGUAUGUAAGUCGAGGUUCCACUGUAGAAGCUAGCCCCUUGUAUAAAGGUGAAGUUUGUGCCUGUUGCUCCACCCAUGUUUGCCUUUGGCCACGCUUACCGCUGGCAUACAUGUGGCCCUUGCAAGGUUUCCCAGAGCAGAAUGUGGCCCUCAGGCUGAAAAGCGUUCCCCACCCCUGAACUCUGCCUCUGAAAUAUGUCCAGGCCAGGGGAUGCUGUAACAGCCGCUCACAUAAAAGGUGUCAUGAAGAGAGGAGGUGUUAAGGAUGCCUCUGCCGAUGGCUGGAAUAGCAUUUCAAAUUUUAUUGACAAUGAAAUCCCCAUCUUCACGCACUUGGAAGAGUAGCUAUGGCAAGGACAGCCAGCAUGGCUUCUUCCAGAUGCGGCUGGAUUGCAGCUGCCACCAUCCUUGACCAUUGGCCAUGUUAGCUAGGGCUGAUGGGAGUUGGGAGUCCAACAGGCUCUGGAGGGAUACUGGUUCCCCAACUCUUAUCUACAAGCCCCAGUGCAUUGAAUGGUUUCUGGAAGGGAAGAGGAAUGCCACUAAAAUGGAUGACGCUUGCCUGCCAUGGAUUACUUUCCAUGAACUAUUUAAUGCAUGUCUGCUUGUUUUUAUGAUUAUUAUCAGGAAUUGUGACCACCUGCAACGCUUCUUUCAACUGGAAGAGAUUUCUGCAGUCAGAAGGUAAAAAGAAAGCAAACCAACCCGAUUCCCAGUCUCCUCGCUCUGUCCUAUCUGUCCCUGUGUCAGGGCAAGUGCUGGGAGCAGGUCAGCAAUGACUCACAAGGUGUCAGCGAAGUUUUAUUUUUAUUUGAAAAACGAAACAUCUCAGGCCUAGUGAGCACAGAAACUCUUCCCAGUAGAUCUUGUCCCAAGGAGGCAGUUGCAAGGACUGAAGGUCCCUGCCUUCCCACCACUCUCCUAAGUCUCCUCCUCCUCCCCCAGGUCCUUCCCAAGCAGCCUGAGACUCUGACACCUUGUCCGUCUCUUCUCCACUCUCUUCAUCCCUCUUCAGGUUCUCAGAGACCAGUGGGGAGGGGAGCUGUUUGCAGCAGGAGAGGGAGACCCCCCCCUGGCUUCUUCAGCAGCCUGCCUGAUCUCUGCCUCUUUACAAAAAUGCAAAUGCAACACGCUGGCUAAUAACUGUUAGUAAAUAUAUAAUUGGUAUGAUGUCAUUCAAAAUAUAUGAAUAAGCCACUUCAAAAUGAUGUAUGUAUCAUACAACACAUCUCACAAAAUAUACAAGUAACUGCAAGUUGUUAUAUGCAUCAGAGUCAAACAGAUUCAAACAACCAAUAAAUAGCGAAGAACGCCAAACCGUCUCUCAAUAAUAAUAAUAAUAAUAAUAAUAAUAAUAAAUUUAUUAUUUAUACCCCGCCCAUCUGGCUGGGUUUCUCCAGCCACUCUGGGCGGCUUCCAAUCCAGUGUUAAAAACAAUACAGCAUUAAAUAUUAAAAACUUCCCUAAACAGGGCUGCCUUCAGAUGUCUUUUAAAAAGAAGAUGGCUACUCAUUUCCUUCACAUCUUAAGGGAGUGCGUUUCACAGGGCGGGCGCCACUACCGAGAAGGCCCUCUGUCUGGUUCCCAUUAGUUUUGCUUCUCGCAAUGAGGGAACCGCCAGAAGGCCCUCGGCACUGGAACUCAGUGUCCGGGCUGAAUGAUGAGGGUGGAGACGUUCCUUCAGGUAUACUGGGCUGAGGCCGUUUAGGGCUUUAAAGGUCAGCACCAACACUUUGAAUUGUUCUCGGAAACGUACUGGGAGCCAGUGAAGAUCCUUUAGGACUGGUGUUAUGUGGUCCCGACGGCCACUCCCAGUCACCAGUCUAGCUGCCGCAUUCUGGAUUAAUUGCAGUUUCCGGGUCACCUUCAAAGGUAGCCCCACGUAGAGCGCAUUGCAGUAGUCUAAGUGGGAGAUAACUCAAAGGAAGACGUCUCACAAAAGUCUCAAAAGACAGUGCAUCCGGAAUAGUUCAACUCUUUCGGAACGAAGUCUUCAUCAGCGAAUAAUUAUCAGUGAAAUAUACAUACUAGUGAAGAUCAUACUAGUGGAUCAGUCUUCCUUUGAGACUUUUGAGAGACGUCUUCCUUUGAGAGACGGUUUGGUGUUCCUCGCUAUUCAUUGGUUGUUUGAAUCUUUGUUUGACUCUGAUACACAUAACAACUUGUAGUUACUUGUAUAUUUUGUGAGAUGUGUUGUAUGAUAUAUAUAUUGUUUUGAAGUGGCUUAUUCGUAUAUUUUGAAUGAUGACAUACCGAUUAUAUAUUCACUAACAGUUAUUAUCCAGCAUGUUGCGUUUGCAUUUUUGUAGAUUUUCACAUUUUGCAACAUAAGUGUUUGCGUUUGUUCUGAUCUCUGCCUCUUGGCACCCCUGCUCUCCAGCCUCCAGCUUCUGCCACAGCCUUUUCCUGCUCACUAAACUGUUCCCUCUUCAGCUUCCAACAUCAUCUUCUCCCAGUCUGCUCCCUCUGACCACUCAUUGUCGCCCCACCACCAACACCCGGCUCUGUACCUUCUUCCAGAGAAGCCAGCAGUGGUGUAGUGGUUAAGAGCGGUGGACUCGUAAUCUGGUGAACUGGGUUCGCUUCCCCGCUCCUCCACAUGCAGCUGCUGGGUGACCUUGGGCUAGUCACACUUCUCUGAAGUCUCUCAGCCUCACUCACCUCACAGAGUGUUUGUUGUGGGGGAGGAAGGGAAAGGAGAUUGUUAGCCGCUUUGAGAGUGAAAAGUGGGAUAUAAGGGGAGUGAAAGGUGGGAUAUCAAAUCCAAACUCUUCUUCUUCUUCUUCCCUUGGGGUUUCCCCAGCUGGUGUCUCCCACUACUCUUCUACAUCCAGUACAGGUGCCAAAUCCUUGAAUGCACAGGUGGUGACAGGGUUAGAGCCGGUUGUGCAAAGUCCUGGACAGGAAACAGGGUCUCCAAUCCCAGUGUAGUUCCUGGGCUACUCAAAUGGCUCUAAACUUUGCUGUUACCCCUGUGUAAGCCAGCUAAAUUGGCAAAACAAAUUGAAAACUUGUUUCUGAAUGGAUCUUUUCAGGCCCCUAGUUAAAAUUCCCUUCUUCUUCUUCUUUUCAUCCCGAGUUUUCAUAAUUAAUGUCCAUAACCUUCAUUUAAGUAGUGCAAAACAAAGCUCCUUUUGAGAGAGCCUGAAUUGAAAGCUAAACAGAGGCCGUCUCUUCUGAGUCCGCGACAGCUCCAACUAGCAAUGGCGGAAAUUGAUUUUUCUCCCUCUAAACCACAGUGAAAAUAGUGUCGGGAGGGAGGGAGGGAGCGUGAGCUGGUGCCAGCUUUUCAUCCAGCGAUUUCUUUAAAAAAUAGAAAUGGUGUAGCUUUUUAAAAAAGCAUAAAUAGAUAAAAUCCUCCCUGAAAUGUAUGUGUCUGCAAACUGAAGGGAGUUCACUCACUAGUCUGAAUAAUCUCCACGCAACCUUUCCAAGAAGGCCUAGAUGAAAUAAUGAUUUUUGAGGGGGCGGAGAGGCGAUGCGUCAGUAUGAAUCAAUAGGGCUUGCUUGGUCCAUGUUUCAGUCAUUUAUUGCAGCGGUAGUCAACAUGGUGCCCUCCACAUGUUGUUGGGCUUAGAACUCCCAACAGCCUUGGUUACAAUGGCCAGUUGUGGCCUUAGAAUCAUAGAAUUGUCGAGUUCAAAGGGACCAAGGGGGUCAUCUAGUCUGACCCCUGCAGCGUAGGAAUCUUUGGUGCUACGUGGGGCUCAAACCCACGACCCUGAGAUUAAGAGUCUCAUGCUAUCCCAGGUCUUCCCUGGAUGGUGGACAAUAGGGGUAUAGUCCCAACAACAUUUGCAAGGCUCUGUGUGGGUUACCCUCGAUUUAUAGUCUAUGCUAUGAGACUCUCUGUAGGCUGAGCUGACUUUAGAAGUAGGGGCAGAAAGUAGACACAAUGUUGGGGUGGCUGUGGAGAUUUGUGCACACAUUCUAUUUGUGUGGGAUGCAGGUGGCGCUGUGGUCUAAACCACAGAGCCUAGGACUUGCCGAUCAGAAGGUUGAGGUUCGAAUCCCCACGACGUGGUGAGCUCCCGUUGCUCGGUCCCUGCUCCUGCCAACCUAGCAGUUGGAAAGCACAUCAAAAUACAAGUAGAUAAAUAGGUACCGCUCCGGUGGGAAGGUAAAUGGUAUUUCAGUGCGCAGCUCUGGUUUUGCCAGAAGCGACUUAGUCAUGCUGGCCACAUGACCCGGAAAAACUGCGGACAAACGUCGGCUCCCUCGGCCAGUAAAGCGAGAUGAGCGCCGCAACCCCACAGUCGUUCGCAUCUGGACUUAACUGUCAGGGAUCCUUUACCUUUACCUUUUUACCUGUUUGUGUGCCCCAGUACAAGUGGCCACAUUUACUUCUAUACACACUCACCUGUGCUAUGCACCCCCCAGUGAAUAUGCCCUACUUUUCCCAUAUAGUGAAACACCAGGAAGAGGCAGUGGGGGCAGUCCAGCCUCCCCAUGCAAUGAUGAGUUCCAUAGUAUAAGUGCAGCCACAUAGAUCUCCCAACUUUUCUUCUGUAGAGGUGGCACAUAUGAGAGUCUCCAAUGGGAACAUGGGGCACUCCCUAAUAAUAAUAAUCAUAAAUUUUAUUUAUACCCCGCCCUCCCCAACCAGAGCUGGGCUCAGUAAAAUCACAGUAAAAAACAUAAUGGGGGGACCAAUUUAAAAUACAGGUUAAAAUGCAAUUUAAAAUGCAGCCUCAUUUUAAAAGUAGUCCAUAAAUCAAAACCAUAAGGGCCAGACUGAGUCCAAACCAAAGGCCAGACAGAACAGCUCUGUCUUGCAGGCCCUGUGGAAAGAUGUCAAGUCCUGCAGGGCCCUAGUCUCUUGUGACAGAGCGUUCCACCAAGUCGGGGCCAGUACUGAAAAGGCCCUGGCCCUAGUUGAGAGCAAUCUAACCACCUUGCGACCUGGGACCUCCAAAAUGUUGUCAUUUGUGGACCUUAAGGUCCUCUGCGGGGCAUACCAGGAGAGGCGGUCCUGUAGGUAUGUGGGUCCUAGGCUGCAUAGGGCUUUAAAGGUCAAAACCAGCACCUUAAGCUUAUAGUGAGUUAGACCACUGAUCCAUCUAGCAUAGGAUGUUCUGCACCAGUGGUGGUGUUGGACUCCAACUCCCAUCUGCCCCAGGGGCCCUGGCCGAUGAUCUCAGAUGACAGGAGCUCUAAUCUAACAAUAAUUGGAAGGCCACAGGUUCCUCAGACCUGGUCUACGGUGGACUAGUACAGGUUCUCCAGGAUUCCAGGCAGGAAUUUUACUCAGUUCUGCCUGGAGAUUAAACCUGGGUCCUUCUUUAUUUUAAGCAAACACUCUCCCGCUGAGCUACAGCUCUUCUCCUGCUUCUGGGGGGGGAUUAUAUUAAGGCACAAUCCAGGCACUAACUAACUUAGCUUUGACAAGUUGGCAGCAUCUUUUUAUUAAAGUAAUCAUAUUUCCCUCCCAAAUUUCUCUGCUUCCCUGAAGCCCUCCCGAGGCAUCUAAUGUACAUACAUAAAACAUUAAAGCCAAAACAUUUUAUUCCAAUAAAACUAAGCCCUAUAAAAAUAAUAAAUUUCAUAGCUGAGCACAGUGCUCGUAUAAUGUGAAUCUAAAUUGUUUAGGGCAGAAAUGGGCACCUCCGGAUGUUGUAGGACUCCAACUCCCAUGACCCCCCAGCCAGCAUGGCCAAAGAGAUGACCAUUCCUUUAAUCUCUCCCCCAACUCUCCUGCUUUAAUUACCGUGUCAUUUUAAUGAGAUUGUUUUAUAAUGCCUUUUAAUUUGGAUGAUUUAUCUCAUGAUGCUUGUGUCACUGGUUUUUAUACUUGUGAACCCCAAGGGUCCUCUAGUCCAAUGCAGGAAUCUCAACUAAAGCAUCCAAGACUGGUGGCCAUCCAACCUCUGCUUAAAAAAACCCAAUGAAUGAAGUCCACCACCUCCCAAGGGAGUCCAUUCCACUAUUGAACAGCUCUUACUUUCAGAAAGUUCUUCCUGGUAUUUAGUUGAAUCGCCUUUCUUGUUCCUUGAAGCCAUUGGCUCUUGUCCUCCCUUCCAGAGCUUGCUCCACCUUGUUGAUUAACAAGUUUCCAUACCACAGUGUAGUGGUCCUACGUGGUUUUUGUUGUUGUUUAUCCUUUACGUUGGGCUCAAGCACACAGAAUUUUAUCAGGUCAGAUGCGAUAAUUCAGGCAUUGGGUCAUAGUUCCCCAGGGUGUGGCCAGGUGGACAGGAAUGGUGCAGCCUCCUAGAUCUGGUCGGUGUUGAUGCGAAACUGCUGGGGAUGCUGCCUUGAGUUUCGUCAUGGAAAAACAGCGGAGCAUAAACGGCAGCUCACAAAAUGAAGUCUGAAAUAUUGGUUUAUUUCAGCAAAGCCUCCUCACCCGAAACGACAACGAACUAGCGAAGGAUUCUCUUGCCAUCAGCAGAGGAUUGGCUAGGGCUGCAAGGGCGAUUUUCAGUAUUUCACUCUGGGGAAGUUUAAAGGAAAAACAUUUUAGCAGCCCACUCAUCAAUCCCGGCUCUCAGAGUGUGCAGCCUCCUUUCCAUUACGAAUGAACUGCGAGUGCUCAAUUGCUUUAUCACGGCGGCAAAUGUGUGUCAUUAUUCAGAAGCAGUGUCCAAUUCUUAAAUUGAGCAUUGUGAGGUUAUUUCGUUCCCAGUAAAUCACAGCGCGUGUCUGGGAACGAAAAGAAUAAAAAUGGAUAAUUUUCAGAAGCUGGAUGAUUUGUCGCUGGGGAGCUCUGCCUGGAUGAUGAUUGGAUCCCGAAUCUGGCUGUUUUGUGUGAUUAAAGGAACCGGCAACAGAAGAAUGGAGAAAAGGGUACAGGGGUUUGUGGGGGUGGGGAGAUCCCAAAUGUGCAUAUAUUACUUCCAGUGGCACCGCAUACAGCAAAAAUAGACACAGAGAUGUCUGAGGGCAUGUGGGCCUUCUAAAUUACUUACAGAUGAACUGCAUGAUCAUCAGAUUCAUGUGGCUUUUUUGUUUCCUGGCAGGUAGAGCAGCUGCUUUCAUACCAGGUAUCUCCAGGUAGCAUUGGAACAUUCUCCUUGUCUGAAACCCUGAAGAGACAUUGGUAGUCAGUGUAGACCCAGGAGUGGGCAACCUGGGGCCCAGGAGCUCAAUUCAGCCCUCCAUGUUUUUCUUUCAAGUCCUGGAGACUCAUCUCAGGCCAUGGCUCCACUGCAGUGGUGCCUCUUGCUCACCUGGGUGAGGGAUGGAGAGAGGCAGGGGUUUGUAUGCAGGUAUAGAUGCCUUAGGGACGCGGGUGGCGCUGUGGGUAAAACCUCAGCACCUAGGACUUGCCGAUCGUAUGGUCGGCGGUUCGAAUCCCCGCGGCGGGGUGAGCUCCCGUCGUUCGGUCCCAGCUCCUGCCCACCUAGCAGUUCGAAAGCACUCUUAAGUGCAAGUAGAUAAAUAGGUACCGCUUUAUAGCGGGAAGGUAAACGGCGUUUCCGUGUGCUGCGCUGGUGCCGGCUCGCCAGAGCAGCUUCGUCACGCUGGCCACGUGACCCGGAAGUGUCUCCAGACAGCGCUGGCCCCCGGCCUCUUAAGCGAGAUGGGCGCGCAACCCCAGAGUCGGUCACGACUGGCCCGUACGUGCAGGGAUACCUUUACCUUUACCUUUAUAGAUACCUUAGACUUCUGCAUGGCGGCAAUGUAGUCGGUGCUGGAAUGAAUUAGGUCAGUUUAAAUGAAGUUCACUGAAUUAGUUCAGCAAUCUCUGAAUGUCACCCAAAAGCAGCUCCUGUUAUUGCCAUGAAUUAAGUUCAUUUGGGCGUAGAACCUGGAACGAUCCUUUGUUUGUCUUCAAGUUCAUUCUCCUUAAAGAACAACAACAACCUGUUGAAGACUCUUUGGGCCUUUAAGCUUUAAAGAUCUUAAUUGCUGGGGAAAUGUGUGUGCUCUGAUGUGUUUUCAGUCUUCUUAAGUUGCAGCCCAGCCCAAUGUUAAGAUGAGGAUGCUGGACUAGAUGGGGCACUGACCUGAUUCAGCCAGCUUUUCUUACGUUCUUUCCUUCAUAAGUGUGUCAAACCUCUCAAGAAGUCCCAGUUUGCAGCACCUAAAAUGAUCACAGCAAUCUGCCACAAGUAUGACUUUUCCCCACCAUGUAAUGGAAGGACCUAAGUUUUAGAAGUAGAGGGAAAUCUUAUGAGAAAUUGAUCAAAAAGCUUAUUUUGGUACUGCCGGGGGUGGGGGGUAGGGAGUCUUUUGGAGCUUGAAAACACCAGAACAUAAAACAACCGACAUGGUCCAAGGUAGAAUUCUCAGCAAGGUGCCCUCCUCUCACUUUUGUAGAUGUUCAGUGAACACUUUGAAAUGUUAGAAGGGAGAUGAAAGGGCCUGUUUCUUUAAGGAGGAAUGAAAGGCUCAGGGUGGUUCAAAGGGAACAGAACACAGGAACAGAGAGGUGAUGUAACCCCUGACAUCAGGUUCAAGAGUUGUGCAGCUUCUGAAGAAGAGAAAACCCAGACAAGGAAGGCCUAGGAUGCAUCAGACGUGGGAUAGCUUCCUUGAGAAAAUCAACAUGGUUUUGGAACACUAUUGAAAAGAAUGAACUGAAACGGGAGAGUUUUAUUUCUUGAGCAAGAAGAUGGGUAUGUUGCUGGACUCUAACUCCCAGAAGACCCAGGUAGCACGGCCACUGGUCAGGGAUUAUGGUUGUUGCGUUGAGGAACACAGGUUCCCUAUCCAAACCUACAAUAACUCCCCAAAACUGCUGUGGCAUGUGUCUUACUUUACAUAGGACAGAGGUCUUCUACUGGUCCAGACUCGAGACCCACCUCUGACUCCCAAUGUGCACCAUGGGAUACACUUUUACAUGCUCACUUUAUACUUAAUUAUACUAACAAGGUACAUUGUUAAUCCUGAAAUGGCGAUUCACAGAGUCCAAUGUGGCAGCAACCUACCUGGGAUGGCCUUGCAACCCCCUGGUUGGUCUUAACCUGUGUUGAAGACCCGUGACAUAGCAGAUACCUCUCUGAAGGGCUGUUUGAUCCAAGUGCAGUUUACCUAUGCAGUUCUUUAAGAAGUGCAAGGAGGAGCCAUGGAGUUGGCCACCAACAGUCUUUAUUUAAUUAUGAAUGGCAUGGAGAAAGUGGACAGAGAAGAUGUUUUCCUCCCUCACUCAUAAGACUAGAACUUGUAGACAUCAAUGAAGCUGAAUGUUGGAAGGUUCAGGACAGAGAAAAGAAAUGACUUAUUCAUGUAGCUCAUGGACAACUCUGGAUCUUGCUCCCCCAUGAGGCAGUGAUGGCCACCAGCCUGGGUGGCUUCAGUAGAGGAUUAGACAAAGUCAUGGAGAAGGAGAGGGCUAUCAAUGGCCACGAUGGCUCUGCUCUACCUCCACAGCUGGAGGUAAGUUCCCAAAUGCCAGUUGCUGGAAAUUGCAGGAGGGGAGAACAGGUUGCUGCACUAGAUGGACCAUUGGCCUGAUCCAGCAGCCUAUUCUGAUGUCCGUAAAGGUAAAGGACCCCUGACAGUUAAGUCCAGUCGCAGAUGACUCUGGGGUUGCAGUGCUCAUCUCGCUUUACAGGCCGAGGGAGCUGGCGUUUGUCCUCAAACAGUUUUUACGGGUCAUGUGGCGCCCCUUCUGGUGAAACCAGAGCAGCGCACGGAACACCGUUUACCUUCCCACUGGAGCGGUACCUGUUUAUCUACUUGCACUUUUUGGCAUGCUUUCGAACUGCUAGGUUGGCAGGAGCUGGGAGCUCACCCCGUCACGGGAAUUCGAACCGCCGACCUUCUGAUCGGCAAUCCCAAGAGGCUCAGUGGUUUAGACCACAGCGCUGUUGAUUUAAAGCAGAGCCUGUCGUGCCCAGCGGAAGGAUGAGAAUACGUGCUCCAUACUCCAUAUAGCUUUAUUUACAGUUCAAAGCUGGUAUAUUACAGAAAGACAUCUUGCCUCUGCUUGGAGCAGAAAAUGCAUCCUCUCUCCUCAACAGCUUGGAGAGAAACACAGUGAAAAAACAGGAAACCAGUGUACGUCACAUCCAGUCUCCCUUUCCCGUGAGAAACUCCAACAGUACAGACUGUGGAAUGUAAACACUUGUCUCAUGACAAGCAGAGCUGCACAGUGAAGGAAAGCAGAAACCAACAUCCUCCCCCUUUCUGUGAACAUCACUGGGCAGCGUGUUCGCACAAUAUCAGUACAAACCCAACUUCUGCACAUAGGUACAGUGUUGAUCCCUUGAUACAAUCUUGGACAAUACAUCAGCAGGAAUUUCAUUACCUGGCAUAUGGGACACCGUUACGAGUCCCUUCUGAAUACAUUCCCUAGCAUGCUGCAACUUUAAUUGCAAGUGCUUUGUGCUUUGCUUACAACCUUCAGACUUCAGCAAAGCCAAACAUGCUUUGUUGUCCUGGUAAACCUGGAUUGGACAUUUGACAGGAAUUUUCAUAUCUUUGCACAAUUGUACUAACCAUUCACAAUCCUUAAGUGAAUAAGACAGUGCAUUCAGUUCAGCUUCACAAGUACUUAAGCUAACUGUUGUUUGCUUCUUGCAUGACCAAUCAAACAGACUCUGAUUGUACAUGUAGCAAACUCCAGACGUACUUUUCCUGUCUGUAGUGUCACUUCCAAAACUUGCAUCUGCAAAUAUCUCAAGACCACCAGACUUCUGAUUGUUAAAUCUCAGUCUGUAAUGCAUAGUGCCUUUCAAAUACCGCGCUAUGCGUUUCAGAGCUUUCCAAUCCUUGACACUAGGAUUGUUGACUUGUCUGCUUAGCAAAUUACAGCUAACAGCAAUGUCUGGUCUUGAACAUCUGGCAAUGAAGUUUAGCUUGCCUAGCACACUCCUGUACAGUGUAGUGUCAGAAAAUGCUUCUUCAGUGUCAUCUACCUGAUAACCUGUUGUCAUCGGUGUGUCUACAGGGUUAGCAUCCAUCAGAUUUAGUUUGCUUAACACAUCAGCAAUUUUCCGUGACUGGUGUACUAGAAUGUUACCAUCUUGAUCUCUCUCUAUUUCCAGAGAUAGGUAGUUGUUUACCUCACCAAGAUCUUUCAUGUCAAAGUGCUCUUUCAGUUGAGCUAGGGCGUUAUUGUACAUUGCGACAUCUUUCCAAAAGAAUAAUAAAUCAUCAACAUAAAACAAACAGUACAAUUUCUUUUGCCCCUCCUCUUUGACAAAUACACAUGGAUCAGCUUUCCCUUGCUGAAAACCUAGAGAAAACAAUACUUCAGUGAGUUUUGUGUGCCAACACCGUGCACUUUGUUUGAGACCAUAAAGGGAUUUCUUCAGAGCACAAACAAAUCCCUGUUUUACCUGUACGCCAUCAGGUGGAAGCAUAUAAAGUGAUUCAUCUAGAGAUCCGUACAGAAAAGCUGUAUUAAUAUCAUGGUGACUAAUGUGUAGAUUUUCCUCUGCAGCUAGCUUAAGCAUAAGCCUAAUGCUUUCAUAUCUCACUGUGGGUGAAUAGGUCUCGUGAUAGUCUUCACCUGGUACCUGUGCAAAACCUCUGGCUACCAAUCUGGCUUUGUGUCUGACUAUCUUGCCAUUUUGAUCUGUCUUCGCUUUGAAGACCCAUUUGCUUCCAAGCAGUUUCAUUCCUGGAACUACUGGAACUAGCUCCCAUGUUUUGUUCCUUUCUAAGGAAUCAAGCUCAGCCUUCAUGGCAUUUAACCAUGGCUCAGCUUCCUUCGAAUCCAAACCCUGGAUUUCUUGGAAACUUGAAGGUUCAAAUACCUUCUUGGAGCUUUUAACAGCUGUUACUGCUAUCUUAGCAAACUCAUCAGCAAAUCUCUUUGGAGGUUUGCCUUUUGUGGCUCUCUGUGACCUACGAAUUAUCCUUAAGUCUUCAACACUCUCCUCUUCCUUCUUAGGAGAAAAACGACCUAUUGUGAACAAUGGUUCCUCCAAUUCUUGAUCAGAGCUUUCAGAGGGUCGCAUAGAGGCUUUCGCACUCUUGAAAUCCUCUGAAUCACCCGAUUCAGUUUCAGAUUCAGACUCAGAACCUUCAUCAGUGGGUGUGGGCUGUUGUGGUUGCUUUGACUAUCCUCAGUCUCAUCACCGUCAUCAGGAUAACAUUGGAAAAUUCCCACAUUCUCCCCCACUUUGCAUUGUACUCGACACUUCUCGUGAGCUUAAUUGUCUUAGAGUCAGUCAUCAUUAUUCUGUAAGACCCUUUCUGAUAACCUAGAAAGAUACCAUGCAAUCCACGCUUGUCUAACUUGGAGUUUUGUGGUGAGCGAACCCACAUGUCAGAACCAAAAUCUUCAUGUGUUUGAUGUAUGGCUUCUUGCCAAACAUCUUCUCAUAGGGGGUACAACCAAUCGCUGAAGAUAACCUGCGAUUGUAACUGUAAACAAAACACGAGAGAGAUUCGGCCCAAUAACUCUCUGGAAGAUUGGCAUCAUGCAGCAAGGUUUUUAACCCUUGAAGCAAUGUCUGAUUUGCCCGUUCCGCAAGUCCAUUCUGCCAUGGCGAGCGAGGACUAGACAAAUCGUGUUGAAUUCCUUUCUCAGUCAGAAAAGCUUCAAACUGCUGAGAAGUGAAUUCCCCCGCGAUCACUGAAAAGAGUCUUUAUCUUCUUACCAUGCACAUUUUCCAACCAAGCACAGAAUUCCUUGAACCUAGGAAAAGCCUCCGAUUUCUGCUUGAGAUUGUACACAAAAAUAUAUCUAGAAAAUGCAUCAAUGAGAACCAUGAAGUACCUAUUUCCACCCAAAGAGGGCGGUAGUGGUCCAACCAAAUCAGCAUGAACAACCUGGUAUGGUUCUGUAGCUUUCCUACUAGACACCUUACCUUUCGCAGCCAUUUUCACCUUGUUUGCUGCGCAUGCUUUGCACUUCAUGUGGUACCUGCAGGGUUUAAUAGUCAUACCUUCAACCAAGGCAGGCAUUUUAGAUACUGCCUCAAAAUGCAAAUGACCAAAUUUGCGAUGAAAAUCGUGAAUACAUUCUGCAUGCAAACUUUUGUUAGAACCUGCAAUGCAACAAGUGUCAUCCUGCACCACAUCAUCAUAAUACAAAACAAACAAACGAUCAACAUAUUCUGCAUGCAAUACAUAAUCAUUUUUCUUUGUGAUGAUGCACUUCUUGUUCUUGAAGGAAACGUCAAUGUUCCGCUCAUUCAGCUGUCCAACGCUGAGCAGAUUAUGUUUGGCGUCUGGCACGUAAAGCACAUUCUGUAUCGAUAAGUCCAAACUGUGAAGAACAACAGUUCCGUAGCCUUUACUGGGAAUAGUGUGGUCAUCCGCCUGGUGAAUCGCACCUUCCUGCGGUGUAAAAGACACAAACAGUUUCUUAUCGUUGCACAUGUGGUGGGUGGCCGCUGAAUCAACAACGAAGAAAGAUCUAGACGUCUUCUGGACCUCUGCAACCUUUGGAGUGAAGCGUGAAACCAUAGCCUUAUGCUGCGUUGUCCUAGACACCGGACCUUUGCCUUUGCCUCGGCCUUUUCCGCGCGAUGAGCUUUCGCUGCGCUGCUCUGUCUUGGCCCUGGGAUGUCUGCAUUCCCUCUUCAUAUGGCCUAGACGUCCACACGAGUAGCAUUUCACUGCCUUCAAAGCUUUGGCGCCAUCUGGUGGUUCCACUGCACUAUGGGAUGACGUCUGUGAAGACUUCCCUUGCCCAUGCAGCCAGCACCCCGGCGAUCUGCUUCAUUUAAAAUCACGGCAGUAACAAAGUCCACUGUCAGCUGAGCAGUUGGUUGCACAGCAAUCUGGGUUGCAACAGACUCCCAACCUGAACCCAAAGAUUGUAGUAUCAUGAAAGAAUACACAGCCUCUGGAAAGUUGAGUCCUCUCUGUUGCAGCUCAUGUCUCAGAUUUUGCAUCUCCAUCAGAUGUAAACGUACAUCUCCACCUUCAGCAAGAGCCAUAUUAUGCAGCUUGUUAAAAUAAUACAUAGUGGAUCCAGCUUCUGUCCUUAAGUGAGCCUCUCUCAGAGCGUCCCAAAUUUCUCUGGCUGAGGUCUUAUCACGCAAUAGACAGAGCUCUUCUGGGGAUACUAUCAAUGUAAGAGUUCCCUUGCUUUGGAAUCCUUAGCUUCCCAUGCAUCUGUAACUGGAACUGGGGGUUCCUGUAAUCACCUCAAACAAACCCUCUUUCCGCAGAAUUGCCUCUGCAUACUGAACCCAGUCGCUGUAAUUUGUCUUGUUGAGCUUAGGAAUCCCACAAGCAUCCUGAAGGGCCAUCAUGACUCUGGCAUUAGCCUUCAGCGUCAUAUGCUGCUUUAAAUCUUGCUGCGUCACUGCUGCAGCUGCCUCAUUACAAAGGCACACUUAAAAGUUACUUUCGAUUUCCCCAGCAUAGUGACUUGUGCCUGGGAGCCUUUUGCCUAUUCCCGGCAAAACCGGCUUAAAAGUUCAAAGUCCAGCCAUAAAGCCAUUAACUUGAAGCUGGCAGGCUGCCCGGAGCAGUAGCACAUACCUCAUCAAUCACUUCGACGCGCAGAGCAGAUUCCUUUCCGAUCCGUCCCUCUGCCGGCACUCCGAUUCGACCUCUGGGCCCAUAACCACGUGUUGAUUUAAAGCAGAGCCUGUCGUGCCCAGCGGAAGGAUGAGAAUACGUGCUCCAUACUCCAUAUAGCUUUAUUUACAGUUCAAAGCUGGUAUAUUACAGAAAGACAUCUUGCCUCUGCUUGGAGCAGAAAAUGCAUCCUCUCUCCUCAACAGCUUGGAGAGAAUAACACAGUGAAAAACAGGAAACCAGUGUACGUCACAUCCAGUCUCCCUUUCCCGUGAGAAACUCCAACAGUACAGACUGUGGAAUGUAAACACUUGUCUCAUGACAAGCAGAGCUGCACAGUGAAGGAAAGCAGAAACCAACAAGCGCUACCCGCGUCCCAAUGUUCUUAAGUGCCUCUAAAUCUGUACAAGUGUGGACUCUUUGACUGAUAAAGAACCCUGCAUGGCCAGCAUUCCUGAUCACCUUCAGAGCUUCCACGGGAACUUCUGCUGGAAGCUAACUUUAUCCCAAGGCCUACUGACUGGUCAAUCCAUCGCAGUAUCGCUGCUCUAAGUGUCAGCAGCUCUGCAGGUUCUCGGGCAGAAUCCACCAACUUUCUAUUCUUUUUCUUCAUGCACCAAGAUACCUGGUUCCAGCCUUGUGCCCAGGUGCCAAUGAACUUCAGAAAACCCUGUUGAAGGUGAUGGGUUGAUCUCCCCUGCCAUCUGGUAUUUGUCACUAAUGCACGAAUCUUCCACUACAGGCGGCAACCAUUUCGCACGGGGGCUUCAUUCCUUCCUCCUGCGUACAUCAGCGGAGCACAUAUAAGCACACCCUGUCCUGCACACACACAUUCACACUGUUCUGCCUUAUUCUGGGUCAUUGCCUGUACACAGAGAGAAGCUAGGGCUCUCAAACCACUGUUUUCUCCAGCAGCCGCUUCCUGGGUCGAUUGUUUAGGCAGCUGGGUACGUCUCUUGGUUUUUAAGAAACCUUGUAUGUUCUCUUAUCGGGUGUAUGGUAAGGCAAGCCGCUGUGUAAAACCUCAAAUGGGACAAAACAUCUUGUAUUUUCUUUUCUUUGAGCCGACAGGGAGAGAGAGAAGAAGAAAACCCAUAUAUAUAUGGGAUUUAUCUUAAGAUAAGAUAAAUCUCUCCCCAGCAGUUCCAUUUACUUGCAGCGAGUUUCUCUUUGAUAUCGCUAAGUUGCAUGGAAGCCUGUAGGGCCCGCAGUCAGAUUAACGAUCUGUAAGAAGUGUUUUGUAAGAGUUUUAUCUGUGAUUUCUCAAACAGACUUUUUCUUUUUUUAAAAAAAAUUACUUGGCAUGCAUGCAGGGAUGGCAUUAAGAGAGUGCUGCUCCAAAGCCCUUUUUAAAAGGGGCGCUUCUGUUCUACUCCGUACUUUCCGUUGUUUUUUUAAAAAAAGUAGAAAGUGUUAUUUCGGCAGUCCUAGAGGAAUUAUUCUUGAUAUACUAUUUUGAUUGUGUUUGCAAAGCUUGGAGCAGGAUUACAUCCAGGAAAAGGAAAAGUCUGCUUUUUCAGCGGGAACAGAGUAAGCCGUACAAAUACUGCAUGUCUUAAUUCAGACUAAGAAAGCAAAGCAAAUUCUACAGUGGGGAUACGUGAUCAGAGAUUCAGGGCUGCCUCUGGAAAUGGUAUGUCCGCCUCAAGUUCCUCCCCACUUCCUGCAAUGGAGGUGUGGUGAACUUUUGGGCCAGGGGGUCAAAUGUACCCCUCCACAACUCAUGUAUCUACCCUUUAGGACUCUCUGUCCUGGCUCUCGCUGGAUGAAGAACUUGAACUGUGAUCCCAAUUUCUGCCAAAAUAUUUAAUCUGUACUGUGUAUAGACAACACAAGGGUUAAAAAGCACAGUGGGUGAUAUGCCAUCAGGUGAUAAGCAUAGCUAAGCAAUGUGAGACAUGACCCAAAGUCUUUGCUUUGAAAGAGUGAGGUGAGUACAGCUUUAGUGCGGCAAGCAAGGCAAAAGGUAAAGGUAAAGGACCCUUGGACUGUUCAGUCCAGUCAAAGGCGACUAUGGAGUUCUGGGGCUCAUUUCGCUUUCAGGCCAAGGGAGCUGAUGUUUGUCUGCAGACAGUUUUCUGGGUCAUGUGGCCAGCAGGACUAAACCACUUCUGGCGCAACAGAACACCGUGACGAAAGUCAGAGGGCACGGAAAAGCCGUUUACCUUCCCGCCGCAGUGGUACCUGUUUAUCUACUUUCACUGGCGUGCUUUCAAACUGCUAGGUUGGCAGGAGCUGGGACCGAGCAAUGGGAGCUCACCCCGCCACAGGGAUUCGAACCACCGACCUUCCGAUCGGCAAGUCCAAGAGGCUCAGUGUUUUAGACCACAGCGAUGGGCAUGCCUUUGGGCAGAUUGUACCAUUACCCUCAGAGGUACGCUUAGCCUGUACAGUGGUACCUCGGGUUACAGGCACUUCAGGUUACAGACUCUGCUAACCCAGAAAUACCGUAGUACCUCGGGUUAAGAACUUUGAUUCAGGAUGAGAACAGAAAUUGUGUGGCGGCAGCUCAGCGGCAGUGGGAGGCUCCAUUAGCUAAAGUGGUACCUCAGGUUAAGAACAGUUUCAGGUUAAGAAUAGACCUCCAGAACAAAUUUAGUUUUUAACCCGAGAUACCACUGUAGUAGAAACUGGGCUUUUAGUGUUGCAGAUCCAGCUCUCUGGAAUCAGUGAUUAAUCAAAAUCUGGCAGGCACCUACUGAGUACAUUUUGAUUCUUUGUUUAAGAAAACUUUCCCUAGGGUGUAACCCACUUAUUUGUGGAAGAUCAGUUUUAUAUUUGAUGAAAUGCUUUCUUUGUUUUUAAAGUCUGUAUGUAUGUAUGGUUUAAAAAAACUUUUAGAGCUUGUUGUAUUAAUUUUCUUGUUCUUAGAGCAGGCAUAGGCAAACUCCGGCCCUCCAGAUGUUUGGGACUACAGUUCCCGUCAUCCCUGACCACUGGUCCUGUUAGCGAAGGAUGAUGGGAAUUGUAGUCCCAAACAUCUGGAGGGCCAGAGGUUGCCUAUACCUGUCUUAGAGCAUUAUUCUGUGCUUUCUUUUUUUGCUCUGUAUACCACUUUGAUGCCUUUAUGCCUUGAAGGGCUCCAUAAAUGUGUUUCUUACUAUUAAUGCCCCCCUUAGUUCCCCUCCCCCCAAAAAACUAAAAAGCCCCAAAUGCUGUAACCUUUCCUCGUGGGGGGAGUUAUUCCAGCCCCUUUAGCAUUUUGGUUGUCCUUUUCUACACACACACACACACACACACACACACACACACACAUAUAUGUGUACACAGAGGGAAGUUAUGUGAGCCUUUUCAGACCAGUUUUGUUAAGAUUAGCCCAGGUGGCUGUCAAAAUAGCUUGGGGGGGGGGGCUUCAGGGGAAGCACUUGCAAGGAACAGAGUAAUUUGUUUGUUGCAUCUUUAAAACCCACAUUUUUUCUAGUUAAUUUUAAUUGAAUGUUUUCAACAUAAAAGUUGAAAGUUUUCUACAAUAAAAACCAAACCUGUCUAAAGACAAAAGAAUAACGGAAAACCAAAACAAGGAGAGCCAGUGUGGUGUAGUGGUUAAGAGCAGUGGACUCGUAAUCUGGUGAACCGGGUUCGCUUCCCUGCUCCUCCACAUGCAGCUGCUGGGUGACCUUGGGCUAGUCACACUUCUUUGAAGUCUCUCAGCCCCACUCACCUCACAGAGUGUUUGUUGUGGGGGAGGAAGCAAAAGGAGAAGAUUAGCCGCUUUGAGACUCCUUCAGGUAGUGAUAAAGCGGGAUAUCAAAUCCAAUCCAAGGAGAAAGAAAAAUCAAGAAAUAGAGAGACAGAAAAGAUAAAGAAAAGAAGACAUCCACUUUGGGCUCUGUGGAGGGUCUUUUCAUGAGCCAUGGGCAUUCUCCAGCUCUCUCUUGCCAUUUCUGGCGCCAUGCAUAUAUGUGGUUAUGUGUGGGUUGAUUGUGCAUACACCCAGGGCCGGAUUUAGGUUUGAUGAGGCCCUAAGCUACUGAAGGUAAUGGGGCCCUUUAUAUGUCCAGCUGUCCUUUGUGAACAAGAAAUUGUCACUGUUUUUUGUGUUGAAUAUACGCUAUAUGGUAAUUUAUGGACCUAAGGUAAAGGUAAAGGGACCCCUGACCAUUAGGUCCAGUCGUGACCGACUCUGGGGUUGCGGCGCUCAUCUUGCUUUAUUGGCCGAGGGAGCCAGCGUACAGCUUCUGGGUCAUGUGGCCAGCAUGACAAAGCCGCUUCUGGCGAACCAGAGCAGCGCACGGAAACACCGUUUACCUUCCCGCUGGAGUGGUACCUGUUUAUCUACUUGCACUUCAUGCUUUCGAACUGCUAGGUUGGCAGGAGCAGGGAACGAACAACGGGAGCUCACCCCGUUGCGGGGAUUCGAACCGCCGACCUUCUGAUCAGCAGGUCCUAGGCUCUGUGGUUUAACCCACAGCGCCACCCACGUCCCAUUUAGGGACCUAAUAGGUAUCUAAAGCCAUUUGCACGUAACAAAAUAUGUAUUUUAUCAAAGUAAUUGUUGGAAAAAAAUUAUUUACAUUUUUGGGGGGUCCCAAGAGAGUGGGGCCCUAAGCUAUAGAUUCUUUAGCUUAUACGUAAAUCCGGCACUGCAUACACCUGUAUAGUGGAGCUUGACUACAACCCCAGAAUCUUAAACGGCAAGAGGCCUGCAGAUGUGCAAGGGUUAAUGCUGUUGACAGCCCGGGUUAAUUCAAUGUGCGUGGAGCCCAGCGGAGUCUCCAUCCAAGCCGAAUGCCUAUAACAUAUAUAUAAUUAAAAUUUCAAGCAGGGUGCUUUGGUGAUAGGCAUGGGCUGACCCUUUCUUUCUUGAGCAAUUUCGCACCUUCAAAUUUGGAUCGCGACACACAGCAGGGCCCAAACGGAGGAAGGUGCGAGAUGAGCCUCAAGUAUCGCGGCGGACUUUGUCAUCACAAGCAGAGUGCUUGCUUUCAUUGCAGCCGUGCUGCCAGGGAGGACAGAGGAGAAUGAUCAGUGAAUGUCAGGGCUGCAAGGGAGCUUAACUUGGAAGUUAGCUUUUCAGGUAAAGGUAAAGGGACCCCUGAUCAUUAGGUCCAGUUGCGGACGACUCUGGAGUUGAGGUGCUCAUCUCACUUUAUUGGCCGAGGGAGCCAGCGUACAGCUUCCAGGUCAUGUGGCCAGCAUGACUAAGCCGCUUCUGGCGAACCAGAGCAGCGCACGGAAACGCCGUUUACCUUCCCGCCGGAGCAGUACCUAUUUAUCUACUUGCACUUUGAUGUGCUUUCAAACUGCUAGGUUGGCAGGAGCAGGGACUGAGCAAUGGGAGCUCACCCUGUUGUGGGGAUUCGAACUGCCGACCUUCUGAUUGGCAAGCCCUAGGCUCUGUGGUUUAACCCACAGAGCCACCCGCGUCCCAGCUUUUCAGGUAGAAACCAUUAAUGCAGCUGCAGCUCUGUGGAUUAGAUCUGUUCCAGAUGUUCAUUUGAAACUCCACCUAUUCUGGUUUUGUAGAAACUGAGCUACACCCAUGCCGCCAUCCACCAGCUGCACAGGAAUAUAAACUAAGAGCAGAAUCCAGUCUUCCUAAAAGUCUCUCUUUUUUCCUAAGGCUAAGUUUCUGUGAAUGUGACCAACAUGUUUUGAAAGUAUAUUGCGAUAAGCCACAGUGCUUCUGGGGUGUGAGGAUGCCUGUCUAUCUCCCUAUUGCAGCGGCUCUUUGCUUCUUGAUGCUUCUGUUCAGAGGCCUUAACACCUGUGGUGGCUAUUCUGGGGUAAAAAAAACCACCAGUUCUUUGCUAUCUCAUGAGGGGGCGGGAGGUGGGUUACCUCCUUGAACUGCAAGAAGAAGAAAAAACUUUAAAAUGGUUGCUAGUUAAAAGAAAGAGAAGGGAGUUUUCUUAUGUUAAUAGAUGCUAGUGUGGUCUGUGCUAAAAUACUGAGGGGAAGUGUCAGUAUUGAAAGAAUGGUUAUUAAAAAUUAAGGAAUUUAUCUGCUGUGAGCAAAAUUGUGUAAAGGGAGGAUAGCAAAAGAAAAGAAAUAAAUAAACCAAUUUGGAGACUGUGUUGGUAUUUUUAAAAUAUUGAACUGCCAUUAAGAAUAGCUGUUCUCCUUUCUUAUAAAAGAAAUGCAGUUUUGAGCUUUAGAAAUAUUUUGAUUACCUUUUUAUUUCUUUUUUUGCUGUUUAGUCAAACAUUUUGUAAUUGUGUUUGGACUCGGAGAUUGUGUGUAUGUGUGUGUGGAUAUAUACCCUCAAACAAGAAAAUUAAAAUGUGAAUCAAAUUACCUCCUUUAAAAUCACCUUUUCGGUUGUCUGGAGCUUAUAUGAUGGAGCCGGCCUAUUCAGAUGGAAGCCAAACGGAAAUGUUGUGAAGAUGAAAGCAUUUUAAAAUCCCUGGCUUGAUUUUUAAUUUUCAAAAGCGAUAUUGCUGGAACGUGCUACCAAUCCCUGGUGACAUUUAGGGAAACGAGCUUUUGGGAACUACUUCAGUAGCUCGGGGUGGUUGAUAUUCCUGUGUUUCAUGGCUGUUUUGAAAAAGAUCACAAAGGUUUUAGGAAAUUAAGAGGCAGGAAACUUAUUGGCAGAGGGUUAUUUGCUGGGUUGUCUUUUUUUUUUUUUUAGGACAACACAGGGAGAAAAUGAUGCGAUGGGAGAGAGCUUUCCCCGUUUAUCUAUGGAGGAGGAAACCUCCAGAUGCUUCUGUACUACAACUCCCAUCACCCCUGACCAUUAGCCAUGCAGGCAGGCAUCUGAUGGGAAUCAGAGCACAGCAACAUCUGGAAUGCCACAGGUUCCUCACCUGUGGAAUUAUCUGUAGCAUUCCUGCCAAGGCCAGCAGAAAGUAUGGGGGAGACAGUGGAACAGCGCCAGUGCUUUUUCCCCUGGCGGUACGCAUACCCCUAAACAUUUUGUGAAUUUAAGUUUGGCCUCAUUGAGGGGCAGUAUUUCAACAUGAGUAGGAACAUGAGAGUGCCCCUAAACAUUUUUUAAUAAUAAUAAUGUAAUAUAUUAUUUAUACCCCACCCAUCUGGCUGGGCUUCCGCAGCCACUCUGGGUGGCUUCCAACAAAAUAUUAAAAUACAGUAAUGCAUCAAACAUUAAAAGCUUCCCUAAACAGGGCUGCCUUCAGAUGUCUUCUAAAAGUCUGGUAGUUGUUCUCUUUGACACCUGGUGGGAGGGCGUUCCACAGGGUGGGUGCCACUACCGAGAAGGCCCUCUGCCUGGUUUCCUGUAACUUGGCUUCUCGCAGUGAGGGAACCGCCAGAAGGCCCUCGGCGCUGGACCUCAGUGUCCGGGCAGAAUGAUGGGGGUGGAGACACUCCUUCAGGUAUACUGGGCCGAGGCCGUUUAGGGCUUUAAAGGUCAGCACCAACACUUUGAAUUGUGCCUGGAAAUGUACUGGGAGCCAAUGUAGGUCUUUCAGGACCAGUGUUAUGUGGUCUCGGCAGCUGCUCCCAGUCACCAGUCUGGCUGCCGCAUUCUGGAUUAGUUGUAGUUUCCAGGUCACCUUCAAAGGUAGCCCCACGUAGAGUGUGUUGCAGUAAUCCAAGCGAAAGAUAACUAGAGCAUGCACCACUCUGACAAGACAGUCCAUGGGCAGGUAGGGUCUCAGCCUACAUGCCAGAUGGAGCUGGUAGACAGCUGCCCUGGACACAGAAUUGACCUGCGCCUCCAUGGACAGCUGCAAGUCCAAAAUGACUCCCAGGCUGCGCACCUGGUCCUUCAGGGGCACAGUUACCCCAUUCAGGACCAGAGAGUCCUCCACACCAGCCCACCUCCUGUCCCGCCAAAACAGUACUUCUGUCUUGUCAGGAUUCAACCUCAAUCUUUUUUUAGGGGGAAAAAAGCACUGAACAGUGCCGUGCAGUGUGCCCCACCCAUUACCCCCACAUGCAACCAGAGAUGACCUGGCAGUUGCACCCCUGUAAUGAACAGCGGAGGGAAGCCCAAAGCUCAGGGGUAGAUCAUCUGCUUUGCAUGCAGGAGGUCCCAGGUUCAGUCCCCUGCACAGGGCUUGGAAUGUCCCCUACCCAGGAGAGCUGCUGUCUAUCAGCACGGACAGCGCCGGGCUUGAUGGACCAAUGGUCUGGCUCAGCCUUAUAAAGAAACUGGCUUUAUAUGGCUACUAGCCGCAAGGGCUAGGCGGUACCUCAGAGAUAGUAGGCCUCUGAAUGCCAGUUGCUGGAAAUCACAGGUGGGAAGUAUUCUGCUGUGCUCAGGUCCUGCUUGUGGGCUUCACAUGGUCCUCUGGUUGGCCACUGUGAGAACGGGAUGCUGGACUAGACGGGCCAUUGGCCGGAUCCAGCAGGGCUCUUCUUACAUUCCCUAACUCUGUGUCAGGUGUCCGUGCAGGAGCCACGCCCUGUGACCAAUAGGACUCUGCAGGACUGGGGCCUUCCUAAGUUUGUUCUGAAGAGGCAAGGCAGGUGAGGCUAGUUGGUAACUCACAGCACCUGGUGGCAAGAGCCGGGAAGGGAUAUAAGGUCAGCAUUUUCCCUUCGGCUCUUUGCCACAGAACCCCUUCACUGCCUUGCUGCGUUUGGUUCCUUGACUCCUUGCUUCUUGAUCCUCGGACCCUUGACUUCUGGCUCUCUGACCCUCGGACUCUUGGCUUUCUGACUCCUGGCUUCCUGACUCCCAUUCUUGCUCCCACCCCGCCAUCUUGACCCCGGUCCCGACGUCCCCAGCCGGAACUUUGAUCGCCCGUAAACCAGACCAUGACACUCUGAAGCUCAUUCCAACCCCUCUUCUAUCUCAACUGUUGCCUUCUCAAGCUGCCUCAUCUCAGACUUUGCCAUCCCCUUUAUGUUCUGUCCCUUCUCUUUCGUCUUUAAACAUAAUGGGGUGUGUGUGUUAUUUUAUUUUUUGAAUUUCAUACCUCAACUGGACUGACAUUGACUCGAGUGGCACUUUGAAAAACUUCCCUUGGCAGAUUAUUACUAUUAUUAAUUUUUUAAAAAAGAAUGCAUUUGAAGCACGACCAAGAGCAUAGAUUGCUAUCUUCAGUAGAUUUCCCUCUCAUGUUAACAACUGAAAUGUCAGGUGUAGUGUUGAGGGAGCUGAUUGGCAGGCAAUGGUGAAGGAUUCGGAGAGGGGUGUUUUUAAUUUUCAGAGCUGUUCUGAUUUUCAGGAUGUGGAAGCUCUCUUGUUAUCUCUGGACACACACCCAUAAAGCACAUAUAGUAGGGGUUGCCAACCUUUCACACAUGGGCACCAGUGCUCUCCAUGGAAGGCCCAUGAAAGGUCUCCGUAAAUAAGUCCUCAGAAAUCUAUGCUGCUCAGUUUCUGCUUGCAUUGGCUCACCAGUGGAAGCCGUGGAUCAGACACUUGCUCCCCUUACCAUUCUGAGCAGAAGAGAGGUGGAAAUAGCUUUUUUUCGUAAGUGAGCAUGGCAGUGGCUGAUUUAAUUGCCUCCCUCCUCCCCACUCCAUUCAUUAAUUAGGGAGAAAAUCUACACCACUUUAUGCUCCUCCCUGCUCUUUUAGAUGUGGCAGCCGUUUGGUGCAAUACCACAAAGACCCCUUUGGCAGCCAUUUUGUGACUGGCACCCACAGCACAUCUGCAAAAUUCCACAUGUGCCUGCUAGCCCUACAAAGGUUGAUGGCCCAACCUGUGGUGCCAUCUUUGUCCUGUUCUGCCAGAUCUUUAGGGCUCAGCAGAGCCAGUGUGGUGUAGUGGUUAAGAGCAGUAGACUCAUAAUCUGGUGAACUGGGUUCACGUCUCCGCUCCUCCACAUGCAGCUGCUGGGUGACCUUGGGCUAGUCACACUUCUCUGAAGUCUCUCAGCCUCACUCACCUCACAGAGUGUUUGGGGGAGGAAGGGAAAGGAGAAUGUUAGCCACUUUGAGACUCCUUCGGGUAGUGAUAAAGCAGGAUAUCAAAUCCAAACUCUUCUUCAGCAGAGGAGUUGAGGUAGCAAAGCAGGUCAAGUCAGCUCUGGGAGCAGGUCAUCAAAGUCCAGACAAGUCUCUCUAAGCAUGUCAGAAGCCUGGGGAGUCCCAGUGGGCCCUACUGGCUGAGACUUGUCUCAGCCAAGCACUGGGGCUACCCAAGGCUUUGUCUAUGCAUCAGGUGGCCCUGUGUCCUUGAGGAACUGGCUGUGGUGACUUCAAGGCCCCAUGUCUGAUUCGACAGGAUUAGGAUGUCAUUGGGAGCUCACUAUCCAAGUCCAAGGAUGGUGGGAAAGCUAAGAGGAAGGGUGGAACCAUAACUUUCCUGAUUUCUGUAUUUCACAUUUCCAGGCAUGUUUAAGCUUUCUUGACAUUCUUGAUUAUUAUUAUUAUUAUUAUUAUUAAUACAGGGAUUCUCCAGGACAGCAGCAGUCUGCGCCUCUUCCUCUUGAUAUGUGGUCUGAGAAGAGUCAAGGAUCCUCUUUAUUUAGUGGAUGCUUUUGCAGGUUGGUACCCCCUUUCUUUCUUUUUCGCUUUGUAGCAAAUGCAGGAUUGGUUUUGAUUCAUUAUGUUUCUGUGAUUCUGUUCAUUUAAAGGGAUCCCAAAGAGGCUUACAAACGAUAAAUAAUGAUAGCAUGAUGGAACGUAAUAGAACAUCACAGACACAGCACAAAACAUUUAGAAUAAUUAACAAAUUGUCCGUGAAACAAUGACACUCUGUUAAACUGUGUUAACAAAGCAAUAACUAAAAAAUAAAUUCAGGUAGCUGCAUUGAUCUGACGCAGCCGAAAUAAAUAAAUAAAAAAUAAAAAAUUGUGCAGUAGCACCUUAUAGACCAACUAAGUUUGUUCUGGUAUAAGCUUUCAUGUUUCUCUGUCUUGUGAUUCCUGAUGUCAGAUUUAUGUCCAUUUAUCCUUUGGCGUAGGGUUUGUCCAGUUUGUCCAAUACAGUGGUACCUCGGGUUAAGUAUUUAAUUCAUUCCAGAAGUCUGUUCUUAACCUGAAACUGUUCUUAACCUGAAGCACCACUUUAGCUAAUGGGGUCUCCUGCUGCUGCUGCGCUGCUAGAGCACGAUUUAACCAGAGGUAAAGUACUUCGGGUUAAUAGUAAUAGUACUUCGGGUUAAGAUGAGAACAGAAUGUAACCAGAGGUACCACUGUAUAGAGAGCUGAAGGGCGCUGUUGGCAUUUGAUGGCAUACACAAUGUUAGAAGAUGAGCAAUUAAAUAGGCCUGAGAUAGUCUAUAAGGUGCUACUGGACAAUUUUUAAAUUUUUUUUAAUUUCAGCUAAAAAAAAAGCUAAACAUCACAAUUAAAGCAAAAUUCACGUUAUAUGAUUAACAAAUCAAUACAGUGCUUAUAAUCUACAAGGCAAUAUCAACAAAGCAGCAGCCCAAAAACGAACUAGCACUGUUAAGUUCAUACAUACACUCUCCACACCCCCAUGACCAUAGUUGUCAACUUACAGAUUUAAAAAUAAGGGACCAGCAGCCUUGAAAAUAAGGGAUCAGCAGCCAAAAUAAGGGAUUUUCCAAGCACAGGUAUGUUCAACUUCUGAGCCCCUCCGAGCCAAAGGCAGAAAGCCCAGCCAGCAGCCAAACGAAGCCUCAAGCGGUGGUUCCCACAGCGCAGCAACCCGGCAAAGGGGAUGCAGCAAAGGAAACCACCGUCACCUCUCCGCUGGGAAGCGCUGAGCAAAGGCGAGUCCCCAGGCAACGCAGCUGAUUUGAUCGGCACAAGGCAUGCAAGCUCCACCCCCCAGUCGUUCUUAGACUCCUUAUUGGGUGAGCAACGCAGCCAAGCAACACAGUUGGAGCUUCCCUCCUCCCUGGCUGGCAGGCAGGGAGGGAGGGAGAGGAGCUGCUUCCUUUGAAACCCGGGAAAUUUAAGGGACAUCAUCAAUAAGGGACAGCAGCGGGACACAACUUUCCCGUGGUUGACAGCUAUGCCCAUGACUCAUAAUCUUUCCCUCUACUCAGUCCAUUAAAGAGACACAUACACAUUAUAUUCAUGGCAGCAGCUCCCUUGUGAAAGGUUCCUUGGGCUGGAGGUGGAGCAGCGUCUCCUGAUGGCAAACAGAGUCUCUCCCACCCCCCAUAGUUCUUCCUCUGGAAACAGCUCCUUUAUGAAGGCUCCAAAGGGGGAGGGGCAAGGCAGGUGGGAAAAGCCAUUACCUGCUGGCCAGCACCAAAUCUUUCUCCCCUGCCCUUGAUAGUCCCACUUGGCUCAGUAGUUCCUGCCCCAGCCCUUCUCCAACCUGAUGUCCUCCUGAGGUUGCUGGACUCCCAUCAACCCAAAGCAGUCUGCUAGUUGGGUCUGGUGGGAUCUGAAACCUUGAAGGGCACCAGGUUGGGGGAAGGCUGGCACAACGAGAAAUGAGGUCCAAGCGAUCAGGUUGGGCAAGGCCAUGGAAUAUUUUUUUAAAGGAAAGGUCAAGAAGUCUACUGAACACAGAAUCAGGGGCAAGGACUGGAUGGCAGUGUGUUUGCAUGUGUGUGUGUGUGUGAGAGAGAGAGAGAGAAGAAAGAGAGAAAUGGAGGGGACAGGCUUCAGGGAGACAGCUCUGAGCAUAAGCAUUUACACUUGUACUGAAGAGAAACCACGAAAGUGACAAGGCUUCGGAACUGACCCUCAGCAAGAGAACAUUGAUUAAGCAGUGAAUUUAAUCAUCAGACUAAUCCAGUCUCUCUGCACUGAAGCUGAGCUGUAAAUUCUGCUCACUAAAUAUGAACAUGGGGUAGUAAUCCACUUCUCUGCUACAUAGGGCUGUCACCUGACUGAAGAAAUCUUAGCAGGCUGAUUGUGUGAGGUUCAGUCAAUUAAUUGGCCAGAUGUUCGUACUUUUGCAGAUGAAGGAAGCAGAACCACUGGGGUGUGUGCGUGGAGAGGCAUAGAUCAUGUGUGUGCGCUUGUCACUGCAGGCAGCAUCCAGGAAAAGAUGUUCUCAUGUACGAGUGUGAGAGGGAGGAUGCCUCUGCUAGCACUAUACUAAAAUAAGUAACAACUUGUUUAUUAAUUUAUUGGGACAGAACAUUGUUUUUCUUUAGAACUAGCAGCCUCGUGCCUGGUGUUGCUUAGGAAUUCUUAAGGGACAAAAAAAAAUUUGGUAUGGUUUUGGAAUCUGGUUUUAAAUCAGUGCGGUUUUGACAGGUUCAGUCCUCCAUCUUGAUUCAAAAUGGCAUCCAAUUUUAUCCAAGCAUAGAUGAAAACUUGCUUCUUGAACCCAGGAAGCAUAAUGCAAAAUACCAACUCUUAUGAGAUGUCCAAAUGCAUAAAGCAAACGAGCAAACAAUUUUCCAAAAUAUAUAGUAGACUGUUGUUUUAUUCACAUGCAGCUUUGAUUGAUUGAAUAAUUCAUUAAGUUGCAUAUGAUUUGAUCAAGUAAGAUUUCUUUAACUGAGCUACAGGAGGGCCAGAAUACUAUGGCUAGGAGAGAGAGCAAGUAGGUCCUGUAUCUGAAGGAGCUCUGCACAAUGUAGGGCAAUUGGAAAAAUCACAAUGUCUUGGCCUCAGUCCCCCAGCUGUGAAUUGGGCAUAAUGGCUGUUGGGUUUGCCAGAAUGAUUGAUACAUCAGCACAACAGUGAUUGCGAAGAGCUUUCCAGUAUCGUGUCUGCUAUGGAAAUGCAGAGUUCAGUUCCUGUUACCCUGACCAGUGCUUCUGUGUUCAUUGACUUUUCACGUGUGCCUCCCUCCAGAAACAGCAAAAUAACUUUGUGGUUGAUUAAUUAAUUAAUUUUAAGCCUGCUGUCCAGUAGGUUGGGGGCACCUUCCUUUUUUUUUUUAAUGAGUCAAAAUUUGCAUAAACCAAUUAACUGAUGGAUUGCCCGAGUUUCUCUUUACAAUGCCCUAACCAGAACAAUAUGACGCUUAUUUUCCUGUAACCAGAACUCUCUCCUGUUGUUUGAUAGAAUGGCACCGAGAGGAGCCCAGCACACACCUGAUUAUAAUUGGACCUGCAGUAAGUUUCCUUGCUUUCUUUGUAAGCAUUCUUUCUAAAUAUAAAUUCUUUGCGUGAAUUUGUUUUCAUGUGCUAUGGCAGGCAGGUGCUGUUAAGUCUAUAGCCCCCCACUGAGAAGGAGUCAUCCCUCAAAACUGCUGUGUGGGGCUUCCACCAGAAUGUCUUGCUAGAUUAUGCCCCGUGGGUCAGAUCUAUCUGCCCUUAAGGUAGUGUUACCAGAUGUCCCCUGUUCCCGGGGACAGUCCCCGGAUUUGCAAAUCUGUCCCCCGAAAACAUGGCAGCGGCAGCCUCAGCAGCCCGGAGCCAGCCUGGUAGCACAGUUGGCUCUGGCUGGCUUCGGGAGCUGCUCGCUGCCUGCCAUUUUUCCUCUCUGGAAGUUCCCAUAUGAUGUGUAUUGUGCGCAACACAUCAUAUGGGGACUUCCAGAGCGGAAAAAUGGUGGGCGCCACGGCAGUGGGCAACGAGCAGCUCCUGAAGCCAGCCAGAGCCAACUGCGCUAACAGGCUGACUCCGGGCUGCUGACUGCCGCUGCCGCCACCACUGCCAAAGAAGAAACGGGGACGUCCGGUGGUACAGAACUCCUGCCCCCUUCACCCUUUGUUUUGACUGAUUGGGGAGGCUCAGGAGUUGUGGGCGGCCGGCCAUUGCCCAGUUUUUUAAAAACUGUGCAUUUAUGUUUCACAGGGUGCAAAAGAAGGGCUUUGCACGUUUAUACAAUAUGCAUGUGUGCUUGGGCCCAGGGUCUUUUGCCUCACCAUCCUCACUACUGUCUCCCUGUUGCUACUCAGCUUCAAAAAAAAAAAGGGGGGGUCCCUGGAUUCAUUGAAAAAAAUCUGAUAACCAUACCUUAAGGUCACACUAAAGCAAGGAUUGCCAACCUGGUGCUCAUACGUGCCAAUGUACCCACUAGUACCUCCUAUGGCACCCGCAUAAGGUCUCAGUAGGUAUCCCCUCAAAAACCCAUAAUGCUCCUUCUACUCACUUCCAGUUUGCACAAUUGUAUUUUUUGUUUUUAGGCCAUCUGAAAAUGUUAGAGUAAAAUAUAACCCACUAAACUGUCUCUGCUCCUCAUAGAAUUUCUGUUUUUAAAAGUUUUUUUUUAAAAAAAGUUUAGUGUUUGUUGGUAUGGAGUGGGGGUAGGAUAGCCACAAGAGACCCAAAAUCACCUGAUGCAAUCUCUGCGUUUCUUUUUUUUUAUUUUAAUUAUUUAUAAAAUUUUCAAAUAUAACAAUAAAGGAAAAACAUUCCAUUCGAAAUAUACAUCCAAUUUUCAUCUUUCCACUUUCAGACUUCCUUCAGUCUAUCUGGAAAUUUUUCAUAUUAUCACAAUUAUUCACAUUUCUUCCAUCUAUAUUGUUUUUUUUUUUAACCAAAUUAAUCUUAACAAUUAUUAUAAAACAAUAUUUCUUUCCAUUAUUAUCACAGAGCUUCUUGAAAACCAACAAACGUUAAUUGGCCUUCACAUAUAUUUUUAAUAUACUCUGUAAAUUUAUUCCAGUCUUCGGUAAAUCUCUGGUCUCGCCGGUUCCGAAUUCUCCCCGUUAGCUUGUCUAAUUCUGCGUAUUCCAUCAACUUCAUUCUCCAUUCUUCUUUCGUCGGGAUUUCUUCCUGUUUCCAUUUUUGUGCCACCGAAAUUCUUGCCGCUGUUACUGCAUAUAAAAACAACUUCUCAUCCUUCUUUUUUAUGUCAUUUCUUAGUAUUCCUAACAGAAAGGUUUCUGGUUUCUUGACAAAGGUAUAUUUCAACAUUUUUUUCAAUUCAUUAUAAAUCAUUUCCCAGAAACCUUUCAUUUUUUUACAUUCCCACCACAUAUGAUAGAAUGUUCCUUCUUUCUCCUGACAUUUCCAACAUUUAUUACUAACUUUAUACAUCUUUCCAAGUUUUACUGGUGUAAGAUACCAUCUGUAUAACAUUUUCAUAACAUUUUCUUUUAAUGUAGUACAUGCAGUAAAUUUCAUUCCUUCUUUCCACAAUCUUAUCCAAUCAUCAAAUUGAAUAUUAUAACCAAAGUCUUUGGCCCACUGAAUCAUUGCAACUUUAACCUCUUCAUCCUUAGUAUGCCACUCAAGUAAUAAUUUAUACAUUUUAGAUAAAAUUUUGACAUCAUUAUUCACAAUUUCUUUUUGAAAUCUAGAUUUUUCAUCUUGAAAACCUCUCUCCAGCAUCUCUUUUUUAAACAUCGCAUUCACUUGGAAGUAAUGUAGCCAAUCAAACACAUAUUCUUUAACUUCAUCAUAUGGUUUCAAUUUUCAUUUAUUUCCUUCUUUUGUAAUUAAAUUCUCAUAUGUAAUCCAACUCCCCGUCAUAUUGAUCUUCUUAACACUCAUUACCUCCAAUGGCGACAGCCAGAAUGGAGUUUUAAACUCUAAUAAAUUUUUGUAUCUAUUCCAUACUUCAAUCAGCGGACCUCGGAAAAUGUGAUUUUCAAAACCUUUAUGCACUCUUUUUUUCUCAUACCAUAAAUAUGCGUGCCAACCAAAUCUAUUAUCAUAUCCUUCUAAAUCCAGAAGUUCUGAAUUUUCCAACUUCAUCCAUUCUUUCACCCAGCAAAGACAUGCAGCCUCGAAAUAUAACUUUAGGUCUGGCAGGGCAAAGCCUCCUCUAUCUUUUGCAUCCGUUAAAAUCUUAAAUUUUAUUCUAGGCUUCUUGCCCUGCCAGACAUAUCUUGAUAAUACUCUUUGCCAUUCUUUAAAUAUCAUCACACCUUUAAUUAUUGGUAUUGAUUGAAAUAAAAACAACAUUUUUGGUAGCACAUUCAUUUUUACCGUUGCAAUCCUUCCCCAAAAUGACAACUUCAUUCUUCCCCACACUUCCAGGUCCUUCCUAAUCUUAUUCCAAACUGGUACAUAAUUAUUUUGAAAAAGAUCAAUACUCUUGGGUGUUAAUAUGAUCCCAAGAUAUUUAACUUUCUUAACCACUUCCAUAUCUGUUUGUUGCUGAAUUCUUUCUAUUAUCUCUUGAUCCAUAUUUUUAACCAUUAUUUUCGUUUUACUCUUAUUUAAUUUGAAACUGGCAACUUGUCCAAAUUGCUCUAUCUCUUCUAACACUUCCUUAACACUUUUAAUAGGGUCUUCUAUUGUUAUAACCAAAUCAUCAGCAAAGGCUUUUACCUUAUAUUCCUUACAACCAACUCUUACACCUUUUAUCAGUUCAUUACUUCUUAGCGCUCUCAACAAGACUUCCAGGACCGAUAUGAAUAACAAUGGUGAUAAGGGACACCCUUGUCUUGUAGCCUUGGUUAUAGCAAUAUCUUCUGUCAAUACAUUAUUAACAAUUAAUUUUGCUCUUUGUUCAGAAUAUAUUGCCUUUACACCAUUCACAAAUGAUUGACCCAUCUCCAUAAAUUCCAGAUUCUUUAACAUAAACUCCCAAGAAAUAUUAUCAAAUGCCUUUUCCACAUCAACAAAUAUCAACAUCGCUUGCUUAUCUUUCUUGUUAGUCAGAUAUUCUAUUAUAUUUAUUAUGUUUCUUAUAUUGUCUUUCAUCUGCCUCCCUGGCAGAAAUCCUGUUUGGUCCUUAUGAAUCAAUUUCUUUAACAUCUUUUUCAUUCUAUUUGCCAAGAUGUUAGCAAAUAUUUUAUAAUCAUUGUUCAGUAGCGAAAUUGGCCUGUAAUUUUUAACUUGAGUUAAAUCUGAAUCCUGCUUGGGAGCAAUCUCUGCGUUUCACGGUAUGGAGUUGUCCUUCAAUCAGCUUGACGAAGCGGCUGCCCAAACACAAAUGAAGACACAACACAUAGGCUAAUAACUGUUAAAUCGUAUGUAAUAGAAUAUCAUUCAAAUGGUAGAAAUGAAUCUAUUGGAGUUCAUAUAUGCAGUGUAACAGACUAGUGGCGCAGAAUGUCAAGCCAUGUGUUCAAGAUAGGUGUCAAAGGUCAGUCUCACAAUGGUUAUUCAAAGGUUUCAACAAAAGAUGACUCAAACGUCUAAAAAGUAAGGUUUUCGCAAAUGUUUUUCAAAAGUUCCAAUGUAAGACGUCCCAAAAGUCUCAAGGACAGUGUUUCCGGAAUGAUACUACUGUUUUGUGAUAGUCUUCACCAGCUGAAAAUACAAUACAAAGCAUACAACCGAUGAAUGAUAACAGAACUGAGAGCCAGUGUGGUGUAGUGGUUAAGAGUGAUAGACUCGUAAUCUGGGGAACCAGGUUCGCGUCCCCACUCCUCCUCAUGCAGCUGCUGGGUGACCUUGGGCUAGUCACACUUCUCUGAAGUCUCUCAGCCUCACACACCUCACAGAGUGUUUGUUGUGGGGGAGGAAGGGAAAGGAGAAUGUUAGCCACUUUGAGACUCCUUCGGGUAGUGAUAAAGCGGAAUAUCAAAUCCAAACUCUUCUACUUGCAUACACAUUGUAUAUUGAAACAGAAUAUACAAAACAAGUUUGUUAACCUGUGGGACUCAUUGCCCUUGGAUGUUCCGAGUGCCGGUAACAUCACUGAGUCCGCAAAAAGACCAAGCCACACGCUCACACAUGACAAUUUUUUAUUUUGUAGUUUAAAAGCAAAUGCAACAGUCCCAAACCGGAUUGGAACCACAAGGCAGAGAGAGAGAGAGAGAAAAAAAAGAAAGGACAUUUCAUUUGUGCUGUUUCCUGUUUUAAAAAUCAGACUCCCCUGCCCCCAGCUGCAGUUUGGCUCCAUCUGUGCCGUUUGCUCUUUUGAAAUGUAGAUCGUCCUUCUUGACCUCAGUACCAAGCAGGAUCAAACAUGUCCUGUGACUGCUACCAACAGCUCAUCUCUGUGUUCUGGCUAUUUUGAAGCCAUUCCUGCCGGUCUUGCGUUUGCACAUAAUUAACAGAUGUCAGCUGGUAGCAAACGACUGAGAUUUCUGUCUGGCAAGAGUCUGCACAGAAUUCCAGCUGACAAUGGAAGUGGCAGGGGAGAUAUGCCCCCGGUAAAACAGAUUUACUGGUAUCCAGCAAGAAACUUUGCAGUGCUAAGAAAGUUUGAAGUCGAGAGCAGUGGGGUGGGCAGAGAAGUAAUGGAAAACAAAUGCCCUUCAGGUUAAAUUCUCCAGGGUAGGUUCUCCAAUGCAGCAACUAAUAUCAGAGUUAAUUCCCCCCCCCCCCCGGGGGGAUGUAAGGGGGCAGAAGAGGGAAUUAUUUAUAUCAAUAAUGUAAUUUUAUAUACAGUGGUACCUCUGGUACGUUCUGGACCCCUGUUCACAUCCAGAAGCGAACGCAACCCACGUCCGCAGGUCGCGAUUUGCCGCUUCCGCGCAUGCAUGUGACGUCAUUUUGACCUGCGCAUGCACAAGCGGCGAAACCCGGAAGUAACAUGCUCCGUUACUUCCGGGUCGCCACAGCACACAACCCAAAAAUACUUAUCCCGAAGCUACUUCAACCUGAAGUGUGACUGUAUACUCAAGCACUCUGAUGAUAAAUUCUCAAUAGGCCAAAUCCUAUGCGGUAUAUUUCUACACGGGCCGAGUGUGUUUCCACACAAAGAUCUCCCUCAAUUAUGGUUUGCAUUUCUAUAUAUGAAAUUCUGCGAUUGUUUUUAAUUGCAGAGGCUUUCUUUUUAAAAACAAAUAUCGUAUUUUUUGCACCAUAACACUCACUUUUUUCCUCCUAGAAAGUAAGGGGAAAAUGUCUGUGCGUGUUAUGGAGCGAAUGCCUGCGGGUGGCGGGGGGGGGCAGAUCUGCUGCAGUCGUGAGCAGAGGAUCCAUGGUUCCCCUUCCUUCCCUCCUCCGUGGUUACAAAGCAUGGAUCCACAUGGAUCCUCAGGAUUUUUGCACUGGGCUACUCCAAACUCACUGUCAGAUCACAUGUCUGUGGCCACAGCAUGAACCACAAAAAUAAUAAAUCCACUAUUUCGUUUAGAAUAUUUUUUUUCUUGUUUUCCUCCUCUAAAAACUAUGUGCGUGUUAUGGUCUGGUGCAUGUUAUAGAGCGAAAAAUACGGUAAAUGUGAAGUCGCUUCGAGAUAUUUCAUGGGAAGCGAAGUAAUAAAAUGGGAUUAAAUAAAAAAAUAAACUGACAGGCUCCCCCCACCCCCACCCCUAAUAAAACAUCAAAGAAAAGGAAGACGGUUUUCCAGGCCAAGUUUGUAUCUAUGGCCACAUUAAAAAAGAAUAAUUUGUUUAUCCAGGAUGGUUGUUUGCAACCGGGUGGGGGGAGGGGAGGGCUUGAAGUGAAUAAUUUUGCCCUCCUCUUCUGAAGCUUUGCAUUUAAGAGAGCCCACGCCUAUUGAUUUGUCAUGUUCGGUCAUGUUUCUUUGAUGCUGUUUUAGGCCACUGAUGCGAUUUGUGCCUUCCAGUCUCCUGCCGCAUUAGGAAGAGCGCUCUCUGCUUCGGAAUCUGGCAACGCUGCCUGCCAUGGAAGGGUUUGGAGAGGGAAACCCAGCUGCUUGUGGACCUUCAUAGGAAGCUGCCUUACAUUGCUCUACAUAGCUCAGUAUUGCCUACACAAACUGGCAGCAGCUCUCCAGAGUUUCUGGCAGGGAUGCUCUCCCUGCCCUACCUGGAGAUGCCAGGGACUGAACCUGGGACCUUCUGCUUACAAGACAGAAGCUCUACCCCUGAGCCAUGGCACUUCCCCAGGAUGGUGUUGUUCAUGUUGCUUGUUCAUUUAAAAGUAAAGGGACCCCUUUCCAUUAGGUCCAGUCGUGGCCAACUCAGGGGUUGCGGCGCUCAUCUCGCUUUAUUGGCCGAGAGAGCCGGUGUACAGCUUCUGGGUCAUGUGGCCAGCAUGACUAAGCCACUUCUGGCGAACCAGAGCAGUGCACAGAAACGCCGUUUACCUUCCCGCCAGAGUGGUACCUAUUUAUCUACUUGCACUUUGACUUGCUUUUGAACUGCUAGGUUGGCAGGAGCAGGGACUGAGCAACGGGAGCUCACCCCGUCGUGGGGAUUCGAACCUCCGACCUUCUGAUCGGCAAGUCCUAGGCUCAGUGGUUUAACCCACAGUGCCACCCGCGUCCCUGGAGCUUAUUCAUUUACAUACUGCUUAAUUGCCAAGGUGGCUUCUAAGAUCAAAGCAUUUAGAGCAGGAAAACAACUCAGUCAAAACAUUAAACAUCCACACUUUAAAAUGUGCAGUAAAACAAGCCAGUUGAAACAGAAGGUCCCAGUUUACUUGGCAGAGCUCAGGAUUCUAGUUUAAAAAGAAAAGUGGAUCUCGCAAGCCUGCUCAUGCUUGCUCCCAUCCACUGGGGAGUUAGGAUACAGGGUGCUUCUAAAUACCAGUUUCUGGAAACCAUCAGAGGGGAGAGACUUUCUCUUGUGCUCAUCAGGUCCAGCUUGCAUGCAUAUGGUUGGCCACUGCGAGAACAGGAGGCAGGCUUUGAUGGGCCCUGAUCCACCAGGGCUUUUCUUACAUUCUCAGGUUCUUUCUCCCUUCAGCCUCUGUUUUGGAUACAAGAGUGUGCAUGUAUUUAUUCUUAUGCAAACACACGCACACCAUAUCUUCCUGGGUAUAUCAACCCCGCUUGCAAGGUUUGCCAGUCUGAUAGCCUGGAAACUGCACUGUUCGCCCCCUUCUGUCAUUUAUUCCCCCUGCCCUCCCCAGCCCUGAAACAUCUCUGAUGCAAAACGAAUGCAAUUUCCCCUCUCUUAUUAACUUGUCUCUUAGAACCUUCAGCUCCUAUAUUUUCAUUAGAACAUUGAGUUGUCUUAUUACCUUCCUGCUUUUCAUUGUGCUGGUUAUUUUUCUUUCUUUCUUUUUAAUCUCUGUUUCUUUCCACUCUGAUACACUGCAAGAUUUGAAAGCGAACUGGGGUGGAAGAGAAAAUUGGGAGCAGGUAUAAUGUGGUUUGUGUUUCCGAUGCCUUCAGACGCAGCCUGUGAAAGAUUUCAGGCACUUCACUUUACAUCUGCCUCACUUUCCCCAGAAACAAACAGGCGCAUCCCACCUUAGCCCCACAAAUUUGGAAAAUUCCUCAAAACGUUUAUAUAUCCUAAAGUUUAAUUGCACACCUGCUUUUUCCUUUCCUUUUUUGGGGGGAAAGUUUCUGAAAAUGCUUAAACUGCAGCAGCACAGGGAUUGGUAAAAAAAGAAAGAAACCAAACCAAGUGAAACAGCUUUGUAGUGGAUGAGAUUAUUUACUUAUUUGUAAGGCAUUUCUGCAUGGUGAUUUGACUCUGCCAAGGCAUUUUGUGACUAUUAAACACCAAUGUUGUUCAAGAGAGCAUCUGCAACAGAAGAAAACAGGCUUUGAAACCCUAUCUAAAUGAAAUUUAAACACAUUGAAACCUUGGUGGAACAAGAAUGUCUUGGGCUGCAUUCCUGGGGGGCCAUAGGAUGAAGAAGUAGACGAAGAGUUUGGAUUUGAUAUCCCACUUUAUCACUACCCGAAGGCGUCUCAAAGCAGCUAACAUUCUCCUUUCCCUUCCUCCCCCACAACAAACACUUUGUGAGGUGAGUGGGGCUGAGAGACUUCAGAGAAGUGUGACUUCUCUGAAGCAGCUGCAUAUGGAGGAGUGGGGAAGCGAACCCGGUUCACCAGAUUACGAGUCCACCGCCCUUAACCACUACACCACACUGGCUCAGCCAGAUGAAUCAGUUCCUGUGCUCCCCAAGGCCCAUGGGAUCUCCCCAGGGAAGGAGAGAGAGAGAGCCACCAUCUUGGAGGCAAAUCUCACCUCCCUUUGCUUCUUCAGUGAGACACUGGAUAGGUUCACAGCCAGUGUUCACCCAGUGUAGAACAGGGUAGAAAGGAAAUUACAUGCCAGUGUUGGAGGUGCUGGGAAAUACGAGCUCCCCCAUUUCCUCCCACACCACCCUGGAGCAAUAAAUGUCUGUUAGAGAUGGGUACAAACGAAGUAGGAAGGGACGCGGGUGGCGCUGUGGGUUAAACCACAGAGCCUAGGACUUGCUGAUCAGAAGGUUGGCGGUUUGAAUCCCCGCAACGGGGUGAGCUCCCGUUGCUCAGUCCCUGCUCCUGCCAACCUAGCAGUUCGAAAGCACGUCAAAGUGCAAGUAGAUCAAUAGGUACCGCUCCGGUGGGAAGGUAAACGGCGUUUCCGUGUGCUGCUCUGGUUCGCCAGAAGCGGCUUAGUCAUGCUGGCCACAUGACCUGGAAGCUGUAUGCCAGCUCCCUCAGCCAAUAAAGCAAGAUGAGCACCGCAACCCCAGAGUCGGCCACGACUGGACUUAAUGGUCAGGGGUCCCUUUACCUUUACCUUUACAAACGAAGUAAGAGGAAGCAGAAGAAAUGCUUGUCAAAUCUGAAAGUUCUUCACCUGUAGCUUUGGGAUGGGCAAGGCUCUCGCAUCCGAUUUUAGGCUAAACCCCUAGAGCUGGCAUAGUUUUGGGGUUUUUUUAAGGCCAGAACAAAAAAGAAAGGGGGGGAGUGCCCUCCUCCCUGCCCCCUGCCAGCAUGGGCCCAGCAGAACAUUAAAAAAGGCAGAUCCAGCCACCUUUGUUUCUCCUUGUCCACUGACUGUCAGGAGGUCCUACACACAAGUAGGAAUCCGGCAGAGACACAUGCCCUGCUGGCAUGUUCUCUCCCUCCUGGUCAUUCGUUUGGGAGCUUCAAAAGCUUUCUCCUGCUCAAACAUCUCAGCGACUGAUACCAAGAGGCAUCAUCACACUUCAGGAUCAGCAGAGUAGAGGCAAAAAAUGGGGUAGAGGAGUGAAGUAAAUUUUACUUUUACACUUAUGCAUUCCACCAGACAAGUGAGAAGCAGUAUCAGAGUUCAAGCACACCUUCAAUCCAGGCAAAAACAUUCAAGGAGGGUUCAAAGCAGAGCCAGUGAUCUAGGUGUGUGGUGUGGGGAAAGUCCCAGGGGCUGGAUGAAGGGGCCCGGAGGGCCACAUUUUGCCUGAGUCCUGAGGUUCCCCACCCCUGGUAUCCAGCAAAACUGCAACCUCAGCCCAUUAAUAUUUUCCCAAUGUGGAAGAUGAUUUGCUAUUCAUAAGUUUCCUGUGUUUUAUUUCCCCUGUCAUAGGUUGAUCCACUGUUUGCAGAGGAAGUCAAAGAGAAAAUUAAAAGGUAGGCUCCUAAUUUGGAGAUUUUUUAAAAAAAUAAAUAGAAAAAUAUAUAGCUAUAUUUAUUUCUCCCGAAUUCUCAUUGCAAACAAAUCUCUUUCCAUGUUGCUCAGAUUUACUUGAGAAGCUCAAUUCCUACUGAGACCUCCUAUGUUCACUUCAGUUUGAGGUGGCGAUUUUACUGAAGCAUACAUUUUCUGGCUCAGAAUUAUGAGUGUUAAGGGCUCGUAACAUUCACCUUGAAUACAAGACAAGCAUUAUGACCCCAUAAUUCUUCUCUGGCUUGGAUUUUCACCCAAGCUGGAAAAGGCAAACCAGGUUGCCAGCUGAUAGAUAACUCUAAAAAGAGCUCUGAAAAAGAGGCUUCUGAGCAAAAUUAGCCAUUUAUAAUCCAAAAUUGAAAUCCAAAAUGUUUACGUUUCAGUUUAUGGGUGGGGGAGCUGCAGGGGAGGUUGGGAACAUUUCAGGAGAAGGGAGAUUAAUCCUGUCUUGCUGCUACAUUGGAAGGUGUGUGUGUUAAGUAUUUGUUUAUUUUGAUAUAGCACCACCAAAGUAUGUGGCACAUUUUAUGUGGAUGUUCCUGAAUUUAUGGGGAGGGGCCACAGAUUAGCGCUAGAGCAUCUGCUUUGUGCACAGAAAUUCCCAGGUUUCAUCCCCAGCUCAGCCUGAAAUCUUUCUGCCAUCCAAUAUCUCCAGACGACUUUGAAGUCCAGUGUCUGGAGGCCAACUAACAGACCCAACCAUCUUUGCUUGGUAGGGCGGAUGGCGUGCAUUUGCUCCAGGAGAUCUCUCAAGAAGACCUGCACGCUCUUGUGAAAAAAUGCUUUGCCAUUGUCAACAGUUCCAUUUCGGAGGGGAUGUCGGCCACGAUCUUAGAGGUAAUUGCAUCUGAACAUUGACCUUCAUGUUGAACGUUCCCUUGCUCGGCUGGUUUGAAAUCUCCAUCAGCUGUCUGCCUUCCAAAGCCCGCAAAACACAAGGGCUUCCUCUAAAACAUUAUGCAGGAACAGUUAGCAACUCGCAGUUUCAGCCGGCCUGUGAAAUUAACAAAUGCUCAGCGGGUGAGGAAUGGGAAGCUGUGGCCUUCGUCUUGUUGUUUGCCAGUCUCAAUCAAAAUCGUCAGGACCGAUGGGAGCUGUUGCCCAGCAAUAUCUAGAGCAGGCAUAGGCAAACUCGGCCCUCCAGAUGUUUUGGGACUACAACUCCCAUCAUCCCUAGCUAACAGGACCAGUGGUCAGGGGUGGUGGGAGUUGUAGUCCCAAAACAUCUGGAGGGCCGAGUUUGCCUAUGCCUGAUGUAGAGAGACAACCUCCUUCCUUAUAGUCCAUCUCAGGUGCCAAGAUCAGCAGAGGGGGCCCUCUUGGUACUUCCAGCACCCUCAGAAGUCCAGGGGGUGGCUACAACCUAGGACAGAGCCUUCUCUGUGGCAUCCCCAAAAUUGUGACAUUCCCUCUGUGUAUAGAUGCACCUGGCAUCUUCAUGAUGUAGCUUUUGUUGGAUGCUGAAGACACACCACUUUACCCUGGCAUUUGACAUCAGAGAGGGAGAGAGAAAUGAACCUACCCCGUUUUCUUGACAAAGAUUUCUUUUAACUGAUUUAUUUGUAACUCACCCCAGUAAAAAGUAAUGGACCCCUGACCAUUAGGUCCAGUCGUGACCGACUCUGGGGUUGCUGCACUCAUCUCGCUUUAUUGGCCGAGGGAGCCGGCAUACAGCUUCCAGGUCAUGUGGCCAGCAUGACUAAGCCACUUCUGGCGAACCAGAGCAGCACACGGAAACGCUGUUUACCUUCCCGCCGGAGCAGUACCUAUUUAUCUACUUGCACUUUUGACAUGCUUUCGAACUACUAGGUUGGCAGGAGCAGGGACCGAGCAACGGGAGCUCACCCCGUCGCGGGGAUUCGAACCGCCGACCUUCUGAUCAGCAAGUCCUAGGCUCUGUGGUUUAACCCACAGCGGCACCCGCGCCCCAUACUCACCCCAGUAACCUCAUUCAAAUUUGGGGCUAGCAAAAUCAACAGGCCUCCCCUGUCCCAAAAUUGUAGAGUUGGAAGGGAUCCCAAGGGCCACCUAGUCCAAUCUUCUGCACUGCAAUCAUCACAGCUAAAGCAUCCAUGACAGUUGGCCAUCCAAUCUCUGUUCAGCCUUCCAAGGGAGUCCAUUCCACUAUUAAACAGCUCUUGCCGUCAGGGAAGACACAGUGGUGGGUGCAGGGCCAGCAAGCAAUUCUAUUUGUGUGUCAUAAUGCCUGAACAAUGCUUGUUAUGUGUAAUAUUUCUACAUCUAUAUUUACAUAAUAGUGGCCAUACUUUGCGUAAUUUAUUUUGGCUUGACUUUUCAUCUCUGCUGCCCUGUUUUAGUAAGCAGAGCCCCGCCUUGUUUCUUGAUAAUCCUAUCGCUGUUUUUUUUUUAUCAUCUUACUGCAACGACGGACAGAAGCAAGGUAUUCUUGCGUAUUAAGAAUUCAUAGCAGCUCUCUUGAGAGACUGAGCGUCCCAGCUUUUUGAGAAAAGAGGAGUUUCUAGGCCUCACAAUGAUAGCAAGUCACAAUCACAAAGUAGGGUUGGUCCUAAAAAAUGCCAAAGGCCACUGUAAAAAGAUGUGUGUUCAGCAGCAGCUGGAAAUGGUACAAAUCUGCAUAGUGAAAGGCCAGGAACAGGUCUGUGAGGAAGGAGGUCCACAACUUAGUGGCAGGAGCAAACCAGCAGUAAAUCACACUGAGCAAGUGGGAGUUAACUCUUUAUUAUCAGAAACAGGAUCUGCAUAGGAAUGUCAGGCCUAACGAGCACAGCAACUCUUCUUUGGUAGGUCUUGCCCAUAUGAGGCAGUUGCAGAGGCUGAAGAUCCACCCCUUCCCACAGCUGUCUAAUUCUCCUCCUUUCCUGUGUUUCCCCCAAGCAAUCUGAGACUACCUGCAAGCCUUUGCUCCUCCCACUUCAUGCCUCUCCUGGUCCUGGGAGACCAGGGGGAGGUGAGGUUCUUGCAGCAGGAGGGGGAGACACCCUGGUUCCUCUCAACCUCUUGGCCUGCUUUCUGUCCUGCUUCUGCUUCUGGACUGCUCUAUGCCACAGAUUCUUCCUGCUCACUAAACCCUGUUACCUCUUCAGCUUCUGACACCUCCUCCUCCGAAUCUUCUCUCUCUUCUCCCUCUGCCCAUUCAUUGUUGUCCCACCACCAAACCCCUGGCAAUGGGCCUUCUCCCCUUGGCAGUUCCCCAGCUGGUUCCUCCCACCACUCCUCUGUGUCCAACCAUUCCAUAUCCCUUAGAGGUUGAGACAGAGAACACUUUCUCCCCGCCAAAAAAAAGAGAGAUUUUGGAGCUUGGUGGAACAACCACAGGGUCUUCUUCCAUCAGCCUUAGCACCCAAGAGGCUCUAUAGGAAUGGAGGUGUUUUUUUCCGGGUAUUUAGGGCUUUAAACACUAAUGAAAGCACCUUGACUUACGCUUGAAAAGAAAAAAGUUAUUAAAUUCAGGGGAAAAGAAAAAAGUGGGGUAGGGGGGAAAGAAGCACAAAUCUCCAGUUUCUUUCAACACUUUCCUCUAAUCAGCCUUCCAAAGGCCAAAGGGUCUCGAGGGUUCCUUACCUGAGAAGCUUGGAAAUAAAAUCUGGAUCAUCGCCGACAGGCCAGAUCCCCUUGUGCUAAACUACCUUCCUCAGAAAAGAAGUGCAAAACAUUCAUGCACGGAGUGGGAAGGGAUGAUGGAGAAAAUCUGUACGCAGAGUCCGAAACAGAACUUCCCCCAUUCCAUGAGGAAAAUAAUUACAGUACGUUCCUGUUGGAUCAUGCCAUAGUUGCAAUUUCUGGCCACACUUCUGAUUUCCAAUCAAGCUGUGUUGGUCCAAAAGUGGUCCAGGUGCAAGAACACCAUUUUCUUGCCUACUCACUAAAAGAUUCAUCAACACCCCUAACGCCUUUCAAUAGAUCUUAUCCAUUGCUGGAUUGUCUCUCCAAUCCGUUGCUGGGUUGAAUGGGGCCGCAAAACAAGAAGGAGGGAGAGAAUUUCUGCCUAGCCUUAUUAAAAACAAACAGAUAAAUAAAUCACCACCAGCUUCACAUUCACCUGCUAGGAAAGGCUCGAAAAUAUAGGCACUUCAAAGUAGUAGUAUCACACAAUAUUUCAGAAUUUAUUGGGGGCAGGGAGGAGGUGACUAAGGUGCUCUAUUUUGGCUAGAUUUAUUCAUUCAUUUCUAAGAUUGUUAUAAGGGACAAUUUGGAUCUGUCCCACUUCCUUUUCUUUAGGGAUCACCCUCCCUGAGGUAGGAAAUUCAUAAGUGGUGAAGCCGCCCAUUUCUCAGUUCUUCUCAUUACCAUUUUGUGUUCUUUUUGGUAAAGGAUUAUUUUGUCCAUCUUUCCCAUGGGCGAUACUCUUGGCCCUGACAGCGAAGUAGCACCAUCUGCCUAGAAAGGCAAGAGAAGAUAGCUCUUGAACAACAGUGCUAUUUUAAUUAGGAGAAAAAACAGCAACCCUACCUGAGAUGGUCAACAGGAGGAAUGACCAUCUGUCAAAACCUUGUUUUCAUUAACCAAGGCAGAAAAACUGCUCCAGAAAAUGAAAGUGAAGCCUCAGACAGUGCUUGGACUCCACUGAUUAAAAAAAUAAAUUCAGGACCAUCUUGUUCAGCCAACACUACUUCCCUGGGUGGAUUUGAGCUACGAGGACGUCCAACCUUCUAUCAAGAGGGUUUGGUGGGCUCAUAAGAAGAGCUCUGCUGUGGGUUAGAUCAAAAGCCCAUCUAGGACACUUCUUACAGUGGCCCCCUCUCUUCUAAAAAAACCACAAAUUGUGGGUCAAGUGCAAGUGGAUCAGAAAAGCAUGUUCAUGGAAGCAUAAAUGUCAGCCAGGCAAAGAGACAGGUUUGUUUAUGGUUGAGUCAGAUCAGGAAGAACCUUCUUUGAUAAAUGGGUUGCAGCCAAGCUAAGACCUGAGAGUGAGCUAUCUGCCUCCAGAUUGUGUUUAAAGUGACUCACCACACGAGAUGCUGGUCCACAGAUUCAAGGGGUUCCUGGUUCAAAUUCUGAUGCAAAUGCACACUCAGUGCGGAAAGAGAUUCCCCAAAGACUCCAUCCCGCUUCUGUUAUGUACCCUCACUUUCCUUAUUUUCAGUGCUAUUUUUCUAGAAAAAGAGGUGGCAGUACUCACCAUUAACCCCUCCCUCUUUGUGUGGCAAGUUCCCGCCUCUCCCCUGUGAAAUAAAGACACAUGAGACAAUCAUUUAAGGUUAAGGGGCUAAAAUGGCCACAACUUGAUUGGUUACAGGUAAUGAGUGGUAAGGGACGCGGGUGGCGCUGUGGGUAAAACCUCAGGGCCUAGGGCUUGCCGAUCGAAAGGUCGGCGGUUCGAAUCCCCACGGCGGGGUGAGCUCCCAUUGCUCGGUCCCUGCUCCUGCCAACCUAGCAGUUCGAAAGCACUCCCGGGUGCAAGUAGAUAAAUAGGGACCGCUUACUAGCGGGAAGGUAAACGGCGUUUCCGUGUGUGGCUCUGGCUCGCUGGCCACGUGACCCGGAAGUGUCUCCGGACAGCGCUGGCCCCCGGCCUCUUGAGUGAGAUGGGCGCACAACCCUAGAGUCUGUCAAGACUGGCCCGUACGGGCAGGGGUACCUUUACCUUUAAUGAGUGGUAUUGGUUUAGGCAUUGGUCCUACUCGACUAACCGGCUUCAGCCUGUUCGCUUGAAGUCCAGGAAGGGUUAACCACCAGUAGGGGGAGUCCUGCUGAUGCACAUCAACUAGGGACUCCCCCGGGGUCACCGCUCGGGGGUGUGCCUUGGGCCCUCACCUCCAUAGGUUUCGGACAGGGCGACGCCCCCUGGAAUCCUUUACCAGACUACCCUUCAACAUGCGGGGGAGGUGAUGGCUCUUCCUCCCCCCCUUCAUCUACAUAACAAUACCCCUACCAGUGCCUCACCGCCAAUGCCGAGGAAGUUGUGACGAUUUGCUACGAGGUAGGAGAAAAACCAAGUGGCUGGUGCCAAUUUGCCAAGUGGAAAAUAUUCCUACCAGGCCCCUUAACGGCGACCAACUGAAGUCCAUAGCAAGGUCGAACAGAAAACCUAAAGGGAGGGAGGGUGGGAAACCCGAUGAGCUGAGGCGGCAAAAGAGGGCAGUUCCCGGCCGUGCCAGUGUAUAUACUCUAAGCCACGCCCCCCAGGCCUGGGUAUGACUCGGCCAGGGAUUCCUUCAAUCGUGUGGGGGCUGAGAGCCAGCCCCCGCACAGGUGGAGGGGGCGUGAAGCCCGCAACUCCACCUCCUCUCAAGUUUGGAAGUGGCUUUCUCUUAGAAUGGCAAUGGCACCUGCCUGAGAGGUGCCAGAACUCACCUGAGAAGUGCUGAAACUGAGAUCUGGCAAUUUCCUCUUGAAAAAAAACCCUGCUUGUUUUAUGCAUGUCCUUCGUCGCUCCCAAGUGUCUGGGCUGAAAUUACCACUCACCCCAUUCCCAGUUUUAUGCUCCCCAUUGGAAGACUGGAAAUUUGUUGGUGUGCUGGCCCUCCCCGUCCAGUGAAGAACUCAGACUCACAAAUCUGGUUCUGCAAGAGGCUUUGAUUUUCAGAUCAGAUCAAUGCAUUAGGCGACUGUCAGGUUACAGAAAUCAAGAGCAAGUGCAAGAGAAGUUAAAUGCAUGGCGCUAAGCGUGAGCUAAAGCAUUAAUCCAACAAGCGCCACAUGCCCUCACCUUCCUUGUGAAGAUUGGGGCAGGCACAGCUAUUUGUGCAGCAAGCGACUGGAGUCUCACCACUGUGCAAUCCAACAGAGACACCAAUUCCAGUAGGUUGGCUAAAUGAGGUUUGUCCACUCCAUCAGACAUAUCUUAGGUCUCUAGAACAGAUACCUAUCCCCCAACCCACUGGGAACCUAAAAGAAGUUUUUGCCUGGUUGCUCAGAAAGGGAUCUGACCCGCAGUCUGAAAAUAAUCCCUAGUCCUGCCUUAACGCCUCCCUUUGCUGAAAAGAAUUCAGGCUGAGAUGAUGGCAGUUAGAACCAUCACUGGAGCAAACUUCAUAGAAUCACCCUUCUCCCUUCCUAAUAGUCAAAGAAAUCAUGGAAUUCUAGAGCCUGCAAUGCCAUUUGUGGCUGUUCUGGCUGCCUCAGCAUAGGCAGUGAAAAAAUGCUUGAGCAAAGUUCCCCUGCUUACUGGCAAACACGUUCCAUUGAAGUCAGAGGGGCUCACUUUUGCGUAGAUAAGUUUAGCACCACACUGUUAGCCAAUUAAUCAAUGAAACAGAGCCGUCCUUCCCACUAAUGUGUUUGUGCGCCAGUGUGCAGGCAAGCUCAAGUAAUCCACUUUUUCUGUUUUCUACCCCUCCACCCCAAGAAAACCCCCAAACUUGUCAUGCUUUCCUUCCGGGCCGAUUACACCACGGGGAAAUCACGUCCCCCACGAUAAUGACAGUAAUUAAAAGCACAUUCUCUCCUAAGUGCCAGUGAAUCGGUAUGGAUUGAACAACCUGGAGAGUGGAUUUCUUUCUGUUGUCUGACACCGCAGUAAUUUGUACAAGAUGAGCCAUUAAGCGCUCAAAGGCACCACAUGUUUUUCAGGAUUUCUGAGGCUGGCGGCGGUAAUUAAAAUUUCAGGUCGGGCGGGGGGGGUGUUCCGCUUGACAAGUGCGCAAGUGGGCUCCGUGCGCUUCCCCAGAGAUAUCGAGGAUUUACCUCAUGCCAUUCUAUGCUCCGGUGGUUGCUGGAAAUUUCUGUCCCUCAUGAAGAUUAACCUCUGGCAGAUCUGCCGGUGCUCUCGAACCCAAAUAAACCCAGAUGAUGUAUUCAUAAGCACACAAGAAGACCCCUGCUGGAUCAGACCAGUGGCCCAUCAGUUCCAUAAUCCUGCUGUCACAGCAGCCAACCAGAUUCCCCAGCAAGAAGCCUGUGUUCAGAAACCUGCUCCACAAUCUUCUGCAAAUUUCCAGCUCUACCUUACUAACCCUAAGCCUUUUUCUCCUCUGUGUUUCUCCACUAGGCAAUGGAUUUAAAUGUUCCGGUGAUGGCAAGGAAUAUCCCAGGAAAUGCUGCAAUAAUCACGCACAAGACAACUGGGCUGCUAUACUCAAACCCCCAGGUAAAAAAAGAAGUAAUGACCCAAUGCACACUUGCAUUGAGAGCCAGUGUUGUGUAACAACUAGAGCAGGGGUCAGCAACCUUUUUCAACCGUGGGCCGGUCCACUGUCCCUCAGACCAUGUGGUGGGCCAGACUAUAUUGGGGGGGGGUGAAUGAAUUCCUAUGCCCCACAAAUAACCCAGAGAUGCAUUCUACUUAUGUAAAAACACACUGAUUCCUGGACCAUCCGCAGGCCGGAUUGAGAAAGCGAUUAGGCCGCAUCCGGCCCACGGGCCUUAGGUUGCCUACGCCUGAUCUAGAGUGUUGGACUAGGACCUGGGAGAUGAGGGUUCAAAUCCCCACUCAGCCAUGAAGCUCCCUGGGUGACCUUGGGCCCGUCACUCACUCUCAGCCUGACCUACCUCACAGGGUUGUUGUGAGGAUAAAAUGGGGAGGAGAACUACAUGUGCCACCUUGAACUCCUUUCAGGAAAGGUGGGAUAUAAAUGCAAUCAAUAAUAAUAAUAAUUAAUAAUAAUAAAUGCUGGAAUUUAAACCUACAUAGGUUGGGGUUAUGGUAUUCAGUAGUGAAGGAUAUGAUCACCAUUGAUAUCAAAAGACACGUAAUUCAUGUUGGGUUCCCUCCUAUUUGUAUUGUGUUUCCUUUGCACUGAAGCGAAUGGCGUGGAAUAAUGUAAUAAUUACAUAAUAAUUACCCAUCUUCAUUGUGACUAGCACUGUUCUGCUGUAAUUCGGUUUCCAACAAAAACCGUUAUUCACCUCAUUUUCUGUACUAUUAUCUAAUUUAUUUCAUAAAGUUCUGCCACAACAGACAGCAAACCAAAUAACAUAUUUUCGUCAGAAACCGAACUGUAGCAGAACGGAAGCGCUGCUGUAUGUGACAGACAUGGCUCAGAAUGGAAAUUGACGCCUUCAAGAAGGACACUGACAAACUGGAACGUGUCCAGAGGAGGGCAACCAAAAUGGUCAAAGGCCUGGAAACGAUGCCUUAUGAGGAACGGCUAAGGGAGCUGGGCAUGUUUAGCCUGGAGAAGAGGAGGUUAAGGGGUGAUAUGAUAGCCAUGUUCAAAUAUAUAAAAGGAUGUCAUAUAGAGGAGGGAGAAAGGUUGUUUUCUGCUGCUCCAGAGAAGCGGACACGGAGUAAUGGAUCCAAACUACAAGAAAGAAGAUUCCACCUAAACAUUAGGAAGAACCUCCUGACAGUAAGAGCUGUUCGACAGUGGAAUUUGCUGCCAAGGAGUGUGGUGGAGUCUCCUUCUUUGGAGGUCUUUAAGCAGAGGCUUGACAACCAUAUGUCAGGAGUGCUCUGAUGGUGUUUCCUGCUUGGCAGGGGGUUGGACUCGAUGGCCCUUGUGGUCUCUUCCAACUCUAUGAUUCUAUGAUUCUAUGAGAUUACACUUCGCAAGGGAACAGGAACAGCAGCCUUACAGAUUGUCAGAUCAUCAAGCACAGUAUUGUCUACAUGGACUGGCAAGUGGUCCUCCAGGAUUGGAGGCCGUGGCGUUUCCAGACCUACCUGAAGAUGCCAUGGACCUAACCUGGAACCUCCUGCAUGAAAAGCAGGUUUUCUGCCUCUGGUCUAUGGAAGAGGGCAGGUUAAGGGGAAGGGCUUUCCAGGGGCUGCCUGCCACGGAACAGAGAGAAAAAUGGGGGUUUAAUGAAUUCAACUCUUACCGCUUUGAAGCUGGCUCAAUUCCAGCCAUGUGGAAGCCUGAGCCCAACCUGGCUCCCUCGAGAUGUUUUGGGCGACUGCUUCCAACAGCCUGAUUGUGCUGGAUGGGAUUGUGUGAGUUGUGCCUAAAACGGGCACCAGGUUGGGGAAGGUUGGUCCAAUGUGUCUAUAAACACGCUUCUCUGUCCUCCAUCCAAGCUAGGAAGAGGCAUUAUCACAUUUUCUUCUAAGAUGCCAACAGUAAAAAGAGAAUGGAAGCACAAUACGACCCAGCGAUUGCAAAAUUAACUGAAUAGGUUAGAUUGAGGGAAGGAGGCAAACGCAGGGCCAAUCUGAAAGAUUAGGGUCUCCUUUUAUGACAUAUACGGAGCAGAAUUAUCACAUACAAUAGCUUUAACAUCUCUUCGCAGGUGAGAUAAAAGGUAGCAAAUGCAGAAAGAAUAGCACUGAUGAUUAAAGUGUAUUGGAUACUUACAAAGAAUGAAAUCAUAAUAGGAUGUGUUCUGCAAGAAUAACAGUUUUCAGAACACAUAAUCUUUGCUUCCGUAUGCUUUUGUUCAGAAAAAAAUGACACACACAUACAUGCAAAUGAAUAAAACAACACAUUCCAGGGAGGCAAAAAACAGUCAAGAAGGUGCAGUGCAGGCCGGUGAGGGGCGUGGCCUGGGGAGAAUCCUGAGGGCCAGACAGAGAGCAUGGAGGGCCACAUAUGGCCCAAGGACCUGAGGUUUGCCACCCGUGAAACAGAACUUGCUUUUCAAACUUUGGCAGGUUCUCCUUUCCAGCGAAGGUCAAGGGAUGGUCUAAAACUCUUUCAGCGCGGAAUCCUUCUUCCUCAAAUAAAAAGGCAGGGCUGGUGGUCAGGGAGGAUUCUGUUGUGGCUAUCAAUUGCACAGUGGCCUCUCUCCACCAGUGUCACCCCCACAAUAAACCUAGGGGAGGGUGGGGGAGAUCAGGAUCUGGCCCACCAGCUGGAUCCAGUCUCUCCCCACAUUUGGGGCAUGCAUAUAUGAAGGAGGUGUGAGACCAGUAUCCAAAGUUGUUUAAUGUUCAGGAACAUUCGAGUAUGGAGGCCACGAAGGACUAGCCGAACUUGCAGACUCAAGAUCUAUGGGCAAUAAGCAACCUCUGCCUGAGAUCAAGCCGUUCUGUCUCUCCAAUGCACACCAGGGGUGCGGAGGUGAGUUCUACGUUGAUACAAGUACCUUUUUCCCGGAAAAACCAAUUGCAUUUGUUAACAAAGAGAUUCAUUUGUGAAGACCGCGGGGAACAAUGAACUCUCCAGGGAGAAAAAUGUUAGGCACAAUCGUUUUAUCGGAAGAGGGGGUGGAAGGAGGGUCAGGGGUAAGGGAAGCGCGACUGCCAAAGUCUAAUGAAAACAGAGAAUCUACCUUCCUCAGACUUGACUUAAUAGUAUGCAUUAAUCAUAGGCACUCUGAACAAAAAUGCAUUUUACACUCUGCAGUUUUAUUUAAUCUGUUGGUGUUAGGAUUUUUCUUUUCUUUGCGGAGCACGUUAUUAUUGCACUUAGCUGAUUUUUGGAGGCCAAAAUUUAAUUUAUAGAAUCAACAGGAUUAAUACUCUCACACACCCCUCCUUUCCAAGCCUAAUUAAGACCACCAGUUAAUUGGGAUAUAGGGUGAAGCUUCAAAAGCAUAGGUUGCGUGCGAAGGAGACAUGCUGGGGACUUAAAAUCAAAGUGAUAGUUGGGUUUUGCUUCUACCUGGGUGGCAGCUGCCUUUAGAAUACUAAACACUAACCAGAUGGGAGCUGUGGAAUAUCAGAACAUAGGAAGCUGCCUUAUAUAUGUCCUUCUUGAACUGUGGUGCCCAGAACUGGACACAGUACUCCAGGUACUGACCAGAGCAGAAUACAGUGGCACUAUUACUUCCCUUGAUCUAGAUGCUAUACUCCUAUUGAUGCAGCCCAGAAUUGCAUUGGUUUUUUUAGCUGCCGCGUCACACUGUUGGCUCAUGUCAAGUUUGUGGUCAACCAAGACUCCUAGAUCCUUUUCACAUGUACUGCUCUCAAGCCAGGUGUCACCCAUCUUGUAUUUGUGCCUCUCAUUUUUUUUGCCCAAGUGCAAUACUUUACAUUUCUCCCUGUUAAAAUUCAUCUUGUUUGUUUUGGCCCAGUUCUCUAAUCUGUCAAGGUCAUUUUGAAGUGUGAUCCUGUCCUCUGGGGUGUUAGCCACCCCUCUCAGUUUGGUGUCAUCUGCAAAUUUGAUCAGGAUGCCCUUGAGUCCAUCAUCCAAAUCGUUGAUAAAGAUGUUGAAUAAGACCGGGCCCAAGACAAAACCCUGUGGCACCCCACUAGUCACUCUUCUCCAGGAUGAAGAGGAACCAUUGAUGAGCACCCUUUGGGUUCGGUCAGUCAGCCAGUUACAAAUCCACUGAGUGGUAGCAUAGUCAAGAUCGCAUUUUACCAGCUUCUUUACAAGAAUAUCAUGGGGCACCUUGUCAAAUGCCUUGCUGAAAUCAAGGUAGGCUACAUCCACUGUGUUCCUUCAUCUACCAGGCUUGUAAUUCUGUCAAAAAACAAGAUCAGGUUAGUCUGACAUGUCUUAUUUUUCAGAAAUCCAUGCUGGUUAUUGGUGAUCUCCUUUGGGUCCUUUUGGAUAUUGGCAGUGGGAUAAUAACAACAGCUAUUUCUCACCUUUUCAGGAGUUUGUCCAGCUGUCUAAAAGCCUGAUCGGCGACCCAUUUCUUCACAAAGAGAUUGUAAUGAAGGCAAAGGAAUACGUCACAAAGCACCACUCAUGGGAACACGAAAGGAAAGCAUAUCAGAACCUUGUUCUGAUGCUUCAGUGACCCACUUUGCGUCAAGAUACAGGAACCCAUCAUGGAUGGAUCAAACCAGCCAAGCCAAUCAGAUUUUUGUGAUUAAUGACACUUACUGAUUUCCCCCCCCCUCUGUAUCACCUGCUCUCUGUGGUACCAGUUGAAAUGUAUCAUACAGUGGACACUAGAAUGAUUGCAGGGGUUUUUUUCCAUGAGAGGACAAUAUUCACAGAUACGGAUAAUCAGUGAUGUAUCAAUAUGAUAUGUUUUCUUGGAAUUAUAUGCAUGUACACCUAUGCGUAACACAUUCAGAUACAAACACAUGCACACUAGGAAUGCCGUUGGAUCAUGGAAAUCAUUCUCAGUCUGACUUAUGGGCCUAGUUCCAGAGAAAGCAAGUUAGGCAGUAGUCCCAUUGGAAUGAGGAAGUGAGUUAAUUACGAUUGUUUCAUUCAUGUCCUGUUAAUUUACAUGGGACUUCAGUGGCCAUGGUUCGUUUACUGACCACACCCUUAAUCUGUUAAUCCGUCGAUUGGAAAGAGCAUGUGUGUAAAAACACUUGUUUUAAG